GGGGGCGGCGGCUCCGGAGCCAGCGCGCCUGCCCGACCGGCGGCGAGAGCGACGGGGACGGAGGAGCUCGGGCGAGGAGGAGGAGGAGGCGGGUCUCCGGGCCGGGGCGGCCGGGCCCCAUGGGCGGGUGUGUGGGCUCCCACCACGACUCCUCGGGCAGCCUCAACGAGAACUCGGACGGCACCGGAGGUGAGAGGAGGAGGCGGCGGCGGCGGCGGCGCCAAGGGGCUGGGGCUUCGCUCGGCCGAGGCGGGGAAGGGGAGCGCGCAGAGGCGGCAGCUGCUGCUCCUCCACAAUGGGGAGAGAAGCCGGGAGGGGCCCACACGCCCUCCCGCGGCUUCUCUGUCGACAUCCCUCGCCUUCCUCGCUCUCUCUCUUCCCCCCACCCCCCAAGAGGGAGCGCCUCGCUUCCCCCUUCGCCCCUUCCCAGCGGAAGGGGGGGUCUUCUUUUCAACUUUCCUCAACUAAAAAGGGUCUCCAGGCGCUCGCCUAGAGGUAUUUCUGGGCCCGGGGGGGCAGGGGCUGGGCGUGAGGGGCAGGGCCCUGACCUGCAGGGGGCGAGGCGGACAAGGUGGGAUAGCUCCCCACCCCACCCCUUUCCCCUCUCGUUGUCCAGGUAUGGAAAAGAAUUGUUUCCCAUCUGUACUCCAGUUGCCAGUCUCCGCCACCCACACUUGAGGCACCCACACCUUGAGAAAGGCAACUUAACAAUCCUCUUUCUCUUCUGAAUACUUUUAACUAUUUUGAGCUUCGUUAUUAUUAUUAUUGUUGUUGUUAUUAUUAUUGAAAGUAUAUUGUUUGUUUUUAUGGUACAUCCUGCCAUUGGUGGUGUGUAUUGAGAAGUUUAAAGGUGGCUUAUAGAAGUCUCUUCAUAAAUUAUGUGGGCCACCGCCUCCCUUCUCUUGACUUUGCUUAUUCAAAUGUACAUGAUGAGAAAGUGGCUUUCUUCUUGUCAGUAUGGCUUUUCUUGAACCUCCCUUCCACAUACUUAGCAGAUAAACAUAUACUGUGCCAAAGGAUGGAAUUCUUACUGGAAACAAUCAUCUUCCUUAAAGUGGACUGAACUCAAAAGUUGUAGGUUUGUGUAAUUCAUAUCUGCCUGUUAUUCAGCUUUGCAAAGAUUUAUAUGUUGAUCAAACUGGUGGUGGUGGUGAAAAUGAUGAUGAUGAUGGAGUUUUCUCUCUGAAAUGGUUCUCCUACUCUGUUACCUUAAGAUCACUUACCUGCCACUUUAGGAUUUUGUACCCAGUUUUCUUCUAGUUAAAUGUUGAUACAUCUCCCCCAGUUUAAAUAACUUUAAAUACUAUCUACCAAUUUUUCUUAACUGCACAUGUAUUUAAAAGGGCAAAUCAUGUGGCAACACCAAAUUUCCAUUCUCCUUUAACAGAUGGUUAUUUCAGUCACCAUAUCAGUACAGUAUUGCUCUCUAUAGCAUAUUCUUGCUUACGGAUUUGAGUUAAUAUCUUGGGACUUUGUGUUGUUAGAUGCAUUUUUAAAUGCCAGAGUGUUACGGUUCACAAACCUACUUUAUAUUACAAUUGACAUUCAGGGGUAAUGUUUGUAUGGGACAAAUUUAUGAAUUGUCAGGGUUGCACGGCAUUUAGCAAUAGAAUUCCCAUUAGAGGAGAUUGGAUUUCGGUUCCUACACCCUCAACAACUUGUAAAAAUUGAAAAGACCUGCUUAAUAAGUUAUCACAACCAAGGACAAUGGGGGAUAAUGUAAAAUUAACUAGGCUUAAAGUGGAAGCUGCGAUGUAGCUGAAACCAUGAACUGGACCUAGAUAAUUCACUAUGCCUAUGUAAUGUCACCCAUUAUUAAGAAACUACCACACCGGCUAAGUAUUAUGAGGCAAUGCAAGGUCAUAGAAGAUACACCUGUAAACCAUGAACUUCCUGGCUUUUUUAUGUUAUCCUUCUGAUCAUCAAAGUAGGGUUUUUUUCCAACACAGGGAAAUUUAUAAGAUAAACGAUUCAGUGGAAUUGUGGCUGCUUCUUAUCAAGAUUUCCCUAUUAAGGUUUUGUGAAUAUCUUACAUACACAUUAUACAUUGCUGUAUUUUGGUGCAAAGAGCCUAAUAUCCGUGUUACAACAGCUGGAUUUUCUAGGAUGCCCAUCUGUUCAAAUCAUAUACUAGAGUGCAAGCUUGAGGAUCAAAGGAUAAAUACAUUUAAAGCUAUUUCACUAAAAUGAGAUCUAGUAUGAUUCCACUUCAAUUAUGUGGCAUCCAGGCAUGAUUCUUAAAUGCAUGAAAGUUUCUGCAAUGUCUAUGUGUACGCAUGUGCGUAACCUACGUAAGGUUUUCUUUCCUAAAAAUAAAAUAUAUGAUUGAGCCAUUCUAUUAAAAAUUAAUGUACCGUAAUCUACCAAUCAAGAUGUCAAAGUACACCUUUCUCUUGUUCUCAAAAGGUAAAACCUUUCUUAAAUAUGUGAUUGUGGUAAGUGUACAAUCUGACUAAAAGUCUCUCAAGGGAAACUCUGUUUUGAAGUUUCAAGUGGGUUGCUGAGAACACUAGAGCACAAGUUUUGGAACAGCCUUACUGAGUUUGAGGCUAGGCUUGCUAGCCCACUAGGUCACUCCUGUCUCUAAUUUCACUUGCAGUGCUAGGUCACAGAAUAUCAAUUUACAGGCUCCUGCAAAUUAUUACGAUGAGAUCUUGUGCAGUAGGAAAACAUUUUAGAGGCAAAUCUCAAACCAGAAGCAGAUAUAGCUUGUGAAAUUACACAGAGUCCAGAGGUAAUAAGAAGUUAUUACUGUUCAUAAGUCACCACUGAUCAAUGAAGUUCCUGUAAUAAUCCCUUUCUCUCUUAUUACUUCCAUCAAAUAUGCAAUAUCCUGCAGACUUUGAAAGACAUUAAAAUUUGCUGGAUGUUGUAAUGCAUAUGUUAAGUACAUGGGUGUGCAUGUGAUAUAAAAUGUCAGGAUAUAUCUUUUCAACCACUUUGGUAUAAUUUUGAUCUCUCUUUGCAGUUUUCCGUGAUAGACAUCAGUGCAAUUAGACUUCUAUAAUGGGGGGGGGGGGACCUGUGCCUUCCAGAUGUUGGCAGACUCCCUUCUCUCAUCAGCCUAAACCACUAUGGUCAGUGUUCAGUGAUGAUGGGGGCUAUAGGAAAGACACAGGUCCCCGCUUAGCUGCUUUAUGGGGAAAUAAUUUGUCCAAUAUAAAUGAGAUAUGGUAUUGAGGCCCAAAAAAAUGUAUUGGGUGGCUAUUUAUUUAUUUUUUCAUUUAUGAGUAGCUUCUUAGGAAUCAUUUUUGUUUUCAAGGGGUUUUCUAGCUUCGUCUGCAUGAGGAGGAGCCUCAACUGAAGGUAGUCUGCUGGGUAGCUGUUUCGUUAGCAAGCAGUCUGUGUUUGAGAUUAUUAUUUAUUAAAUUUCUACAUCACUCCUCAUCUGAGGGUUUCAGGGUAGUUUGCAACAUAAAAACACAAAAAUACAUAAAUUUACGUCCCAUCCUAAUAAAGCUGAUAUAUACCGUAUUCUUCGCUCUAUAAGAUGCACCGGACCAUAGGACGCACCGGACCAUAGGAGGAGGAGAACGGGGGGGGGAUUCUCCCCCUCUCUGCUCAGCGCCCCUUCAGCAAAGCGGCAGGAGAAACGGAGCCCCUUCCAUUUCUCCUCCCACUUUGCUGAAGGGGCGCUGCGCAGAGAGGGAAAACUGUGCAGAGCCUCUCCAGCAAAGCUAAGCCUGGAGAGCAAGAGGGAUCGGUGUGCACCGACCCCUCCCGCUCUCCAGGCUUCAGGCGGCUAUCUGCAAGCCUUCUGAUCGCAGCGAGAACUCCUGCUGCUCUCCGAAGGCUUGCGGAUAGCUGCCCGAAACCCCCGGAGCGCAGCACGGACUGCCGCUGUGCUCAGGGGGUUUCAGGCAGCCUUGCCUCCGCUCCCGGAGCUUGCGGGGCUGGGGGCGGGGGAAGCCCGAGCUUCUCCCAUCCCAAGCCACCAGUACAGGUCCCGGAGCGGCGGCAAGGUUGCGCGAAACGUUGUCUCCGCUCUCAGAACUUGCGGGGCUGGGGGUGGGGGAAGCCCAAGCUUCCCCCGUCCCCAGCCCCCAGAACAGGUCGGGGAGCGGCGGUCCCCUCUCCUUCAUGGGGAAAAGCCCGCAAGAUCCACGCUUUUCCUGCCUGCCUCCCCCCUGCAUUCGCUCCAUAGGAUGCACAGACUUUUCCCCUUAGUUUUUAAGAGGGAAAAGUGUGUCCUAUGGAGCGAAAAAUACGGUACAUGCGAUCAGAUCACUAGGCUGCAUCAGAUCAAACUGACUGCUAUGACAUUUUGAAGUUCUCUCAGCUUUACUGAACUAGGGUUGCCAUAUAUUGAAGAGCAAAAAAGAGGGGAGCCCAAGCCACUGCUAGCCUGAGCUGGGAAAAGAGGCGUGGGGGGCUACCACACUAGCACGCCUCUUUCCCCUGCUCAGGCCGGCAGUGGCUGCGGCAUGCAGAGCAGCCUGAGCCACUGCCAGCCCAAGCAGAGGCAGGACCCCAGCUCCUACCUGAUGUUCGCUGCAAUGGCCUCGCUUUGUUGUGGCGCUUCCUCUUCUGCAGCACAGUGCCGUACUGAGCAUGCACGUACCCCCCAACCCCCCCAAAAAUCUCCCAAACCCGAACAUUUCCUUUAAAAUGUAAAAACCUGCCCAGAUGGGCAUGUUGGCCCCCUAAAAAACGGACAUGUUCUGGUUUUCCUGGACAAAUGGCAACCCUGACUGAACAUCAUUUGGACUAAUCUUGUGCUGCAGUGGUUUAGAUUAUUUCAUUUGUGUGCCUAAUUCAGAAUCAGUUCAGUUUAGUCCCACAUUGAUUAAAUAUAUUCUCUCUACUGAAGUGGGCAGUUACAGGCUUUGCAGCUUAAUUUUUCCCGUUGGAGUUUUUGUUGAUAAACUCUUUAUUAUUCAACUCACUCUUUUAAGGAUAUAUCUCAUUAGAAAUUGUGAGUGUUUGUUUUCUUUUUUCAAAGUUCAGCAAGACCUUCUGUUGCUUGUACAGAACAAAGAGAAGAGAUCCAUAUUUGAAAUACGGGCCUUGUAAGCCAUUACAGAUUUAAACCUGUGGUCUGCAGCUGUCUGCUGCUGUUUUUUCUGACACAUGCCUUGCCUGUUCAUGGUAUGAAGCUCGCUAACAGUUCAGCUUCAUUGAUUUGUUACCAUCCUGUCUUCUGAAGUAUCCUAAGAUGACCAGUGGCUACCAGUAAGAAUCACAUAAUUGCACACACUGGUGACAUGAUAAAAAAAACCACUACGUGUAAAGCCUUAACUGUAGUGCCAAAUAUAGCCCUUGGACUGUACUUUCGCAAACUGUUGAAAAGAAAAUCCUUACAUUAAUUCAGAGUAGAAGUAGGCUACUUAUUCAGUAGUACUGACCAUGUUUGAAAUGUCUGAUGAGUUGGAAAGCCAAGUUUGCAUUUAAAGACUGCUUUCAUUUUCUGUCUCUUCUCUCUGUAUCAAAUCUGUGAUUGUCUUGCUGCUAUCUGUCAUUGGAAGUCUAUCAAUUUUCUGAAAAUCAGGAUAGAUAAGUCCUAGGGUGAUGAUUCCACCCCCAAUACUUUUUUCCAAACUGAUUGUGUGGUUGCUUGCUCUUCCAUACAAACUUGAAGCCUUGGUGGUUUUGUCUCCUGCUAAAAAAGAAGAGUGAAAUCAGUCUUGUUUCUAACCUUGCUCUGUGUGGUAUAUAAAUAACAGUUGUGUGUGUGUCAAUGUAUUAAACUUCUAUAAUGCCAAUUCUACUGUUUCGAGGGUGGCAUUAGAAUGCUUGUGAGUUCUGAAUUUUUGACAUGACCAGUUUUAGCUCAUUGCUUGUGGUUCUUCCUAUCGAAGAAAGAAGCCAAAUUAUUUGUUUAAUGAAAGUCUCAUGUAUUAGAUUUUCUAAUACAUUUGUGAGGAGCUUCUGGACCUCUGCUAAUAAGAAUUUGAGAUUGUGAUGGGGGUUCGUGCUCCCUCCUGCAGAAACUGGGGUGAAUAGAAAGGGGGAUUGCCACAGCAGCAAUUCUUGUGAAGAACUCUGCCUCCACUGUGCUGUAUUCUGAUGCCCCAUUCUCUUUCAUUUAUCAUAGUAGUUGCCCCUCGCCUAUUCCCAGUAGGUUUCUUGGGCCAUUUCAUAGUUAAGGUAGAGGCCCACCCUUGAAAUAAUGGAUUGAGGGAAAUGCUGAAACUGCAUAUGAUGAACUAAUCUUCCCCCCGCCGCCAAUGUGGAAGAGAUACAAAAUGUAUACUUUUUUUUUACCAUUUUGUUAGGGGGGGAGGACUAGUCCUACAAACGUGACAAGCAAAGCUAAGCCUGGAUUAAGUUCCUUUUCUAGAGUGGACUAGCAAGAGCAUGAGGGAGUGGGGAGUGGGAAAUCAGUGCAGUAUCAACACAUUGUUAGAAAUGCACUAUAAAUAUCAGAAAUGCAUUAUUAUUAUUAUUUGCUGCCCAUCAGACUGAGUUGCCCCAGCCACUCUUUGAAAUUCUUUUGAGAUUUUAUUAAGAUGUACUCGUGUAUAAAUAGAGCUAAAGCAAUUUGGAACUGUGCAGGCAAACUCUCUCAACUUGAAUUUAGCUUCGGGAAUUGUAAUGAGCAAGAUUAUACAUGGAGUAAUGGAAGUCUGACAAUCAUAUUCCCAAGGCCUCUAAAGUUGCAUUCUAAGGCUUUGGGAGUGGACUGUGCCCUUAGUGAUGAUGCGGUUGUGUAGCAAGGGGUUUAAUACGAUGUAUACAUGAAUGAGCAGUGUGCUAAUCUAAGCGGAGAAGAGUGGGUGAUCACUGCCCCAUUGCCUGACUGAAUGCUGCUCAGUUGCACUAGAAAUCCUUAACAAAAUAUGUUGCAACUGGAUAGUGUCUAAAUAACUUCAUUUCUCCUAAGUUUCCAUUUACAAUUAGCAUUGCCCAUCUUUUGAAUGGCCUUCUACAUGUAUGUAUCAGAACAGCAGUUGUGCAUUAUUUAUUGUAAUAGAAACUUUCCACAGUUUAACAUUACAUGGCAGUGUUAUUUUAACUACUGGGUGCUAAUUGUCCGAUAACAUGGUUUCUGCUCAUUCUCUCAAACUGCUCUUUUCAUGAACUAUUAUUCAUUAUUUCGGUAAAUGUAGGCCAUGCAUUUAUACUAUUGCAAGGAAACUUAACUGGUUAAAAAGUACUAUUUCUCUGUAGUUGGCGGACUUCACCCCAGCAAGGUUUCCAGCAACUCCCGUAGAUUCUGUCUUCAUUUUCUCUUUAGAACAAGAGAAGCAAAUGGGCUUUAAAGCUCUGGUGGGGGUUUCCAUUCACUGUUGUGCAGAUAUAAUGCUGUCAUUGUGAUCUAAAGUUUUAAAGUGAUUAUAAAAGCAGUGCCAUUGCUUAAAACUGUUCUGUUCUUGAACUGGACCUUUAGAGGAUGUGUAUGUGUGUUUGUAAUAUCUAUGAAAGACUGUAGCUCAGUAGGAGAGCAUCUCCAGGUAGGGCUUGAAGUAUUUCCUUUUCUGAAACCCUGGGAAAACCAGUGUAGACCAAUGGUCUGGCUUAGUGUAAGUCGGCCUUCCAUAUGUCUAAUAGCGAUAUUCUUGCCUCAGAACUGGGAAGCUAUCUGCCAUCAGCCAGGGCCCAUUAGGAGGUCCUUCCCAGGAACAACAUGGCAAAGGGGAGAUUAAAGUGGCCCCAUACCUUGGCCAGAAAAGGAGCUGCUUCAGGGAGCUUUAUUCCAACCUCCCUGCCAAAAAGAAAACUCUACAGUACUUCAGCAGCAAGUUGUUACGAGACCACAGAACUGAAGGAAGGUAUGUUCUGGCCAUAUACAUUGACUGGGGGACCAUGGGCUACUCAGUUGUGCAGGUUUGGGGGUGGGGUAUUAUUACAACCAUAAGCUACCCUGAAGAUCAUUCAUUUGUAGGGGGGGUAGUAUAUCAGAGAAAUUACUGUAGCAUUGACAGAGCAAUCCUAUGCAUGCUUACUCAGAAGUAGAACACACUGUGUUCAACGGGCCUUAGUCCCAUUGGUUGGUGUACAUUAGUUUGUUCUGAAACUCAAUAAAAUACCGUAUUUUUCCAUGUAUAAGACAACCUUUUUCUGAUUUUUUUUGUGAUAAAUUGAAGGUCAUCUUAUACAUGGGUUAAUAUGCUAAGUAAGCGAGGGCUGGUGCUGUGGUGGUAGCAGGAAAAUGUCGGAGAGGAGGCUGCUUACCCAGUCUUCCCGCCUUAGGAAGAGUAUUUGGUGAGUGCCAGUAAGCGGUGUAUUACGGCACCAGUUGUCUCAGCCAGAGUGGGGGAUGCUCAAAAAGCUGCUCAACAGCUCAGCAAACUUACAAAAGAAGCUCAGCAAUUGUUGAGGGCUCCCAAAAAUAGGGGUCGUCUUAUGCACGGGGUCAUUUAUCUACGGUAAUAUUCAAACAAAAGCAAACACAAAAAUAUACAGAAUGAAACCAUAUUGUGUUGGUGGUGCUGUGCAUUUGUUUGUAGCCCAAGACUGUUACGGAAUCACUGUUGUUUCUUAGAAAUAAACUGAAAGUGUUUCUGACCCAAGAUCAGUGUAACUGUUCUAGCAAAAUAGGUAGUUGACCUCUUACAGAAAAGUAAAACAUUUCAAGAGCUGUGUAUGUAUUUGCAGUGAAGAAAUAUUGUGCUGUUGAAUAAGCAGAAGUAAGUCCUUUGAAACAAUGGGUGGAUAGUUUGGAAAUGUUUUCUAAGGAGUGAGGUGAAAAUAUUUUGAUUUAAUAGACAUAAGUUAUUGACAGUUAAGAUUUCAUCUUCUUUCUUAGAGCUCGGUGUUUUGAAUGUAGUGUGUCUUAUAUGGAGGUCAUGAGUUUCCAGCUUGAUGCUAACUAUUUUGCAUCUUACUGGUACAGUACAAAACUAUGAACAGUCGAGACCAACAUUUUCCAAAGUCUAGAUUAUGACUCCACUUGGUUUGAUUAGUAAGGUUGCAGGUGCACAAUUUGUAAGAUUAAAAAGGUUUGUCAUUCUAUAAAGUUCAGCUUUAGGUACCAGCAGCCUUCAUAUUUACCCCACUUUUUAAGUGAAAGGUUUUUCAGUAAUUUAUCACAUGAAGCAAGCAAGAAUGUUAGAAUAAGUUUUAAAUGUUAAAUUUUAACUGAUGCUUACAUACUUCUUGGUGCUUUUUGAGUGGUAGCUAACAUUCACAUUAUUCAUAAUUUACAGGAGCUAAUGGUUUUAGUUCACUCUGUUAUAACCACAGACUUGUUCCGUAAAUUAAUUUCAACCAUAAAUUACUAUAAAUGUAGCAUGUGACUACCAUAGAGAAAUUGAGGAUUCUCUGCAGUUAAUUAUGAAUUGUGAACAAGCAUUUUAUUUUAUUUUAGGUGGUGGAACAGUAAAAUAAUUACACGUUGUCUCUUCCUAUGAUUACUGCCGUUUGUUGUAAAUUUCAAAACUUUAAAGUUGCCAACAUUAAAAAAUGCAUGUUUUAACUUUGAACGUUAUACAGUUUUGGGUGGUUUACUCAACCUAGGUUUACUCAGAGUAGACCAUGCACAUUAAUUUAAUGGGUCUAUUCUGAGUUAAGCAACUUGUACUUCCAUGGUAGUAUUAUGCAAAAAGCACAGUGUUUUAUUAUUUCACUGUAUUGUCAUGAACUUGGUGGAGUUUUCAAGGAAUGUGGUGGUCUCUCUCCAAUUUUCUAGCAUGUACCCUGAGAUAGCUAGAAUGGAAUGAAUUGCACUGCCUUUGGAACUUACUUUUCCUGUAUGGAUUCCCACCACAGUCUUCUUUGCCCCAUUUUCUUGAAAUCAGUUAUUCUGCUGCCGGGCAGAACCACCAGUCUGCUGAGAAUGUCUAGUUAUCUGCUUUAAAAUGUCAAUAACUACAGUGAGUAUGUUUGCACAACUGAACACCUCUGGAUUUUAAUCUCCCCUCCCCACCCGCAAUUGUAUUUGACUCUUUUAGAGUUUCAGUUUGAAUGCAUUUUCCUCAUUUCUUCUGAUAAAGGUUGGUGAUCUAUACAGGCUUGAGUAUAUCUUUCUUACAACAAUGAACGUGGGCUAUGAAUGUGAAAGCUGCAUCUUGCAUUUUAUGUUUCUGUCAGCUUCCUUGGCUUUGCUUAUAAUUUUUUGUUUCUAAAUUUUUACAGGUAAGGCAGAAUAUAUACCUAAAGAACAGGGAUCCCUCAGUAUUCUAAAUAAUUUAGUAGGAUAGCUAUUCAGUCUCCUGCAAUACAGGAAAUUCUGAAGGUGGCAACAUUAUUAGUUAUUCCUUUUGGGAUCAUGUGUGCGUUUAUUUCUUUACUUCUGCUACUGGAUUCAGUAGCGCUUUGUGGUUGUGGUAACCACCUAAAUUUGCAACAUGAGCUGCUAGCUGUCAAUAACAUCCCAGCCAUACGGAACAUACAUUAUAUCUGCAACCUGACAUUUCUGACUGGUUUUUGAGAUGUGCUAAAUUUUACCUUGCUGGAUUCUGUAGGCAGACAGCUCUCCAUAUGGUCACAGUAACGACAUGGCAUUUAUAGGCAACUAUCUAGUGUGGGGACGCGGGUGGCGCUGUGGGUAAAACCUCAGCGCCUAGGACUUGCCAAUCGCAUGGUCGGCGGUUUGAAUCCCCGCGGCAGGGUGCACUCCUGUCGUUCGGUCCCAGCUCCUGCCCACCUAGCAGUUCGAAAGCACCCCUAAGUGCAAGUAGAUAAAUAGGUACCGCUUUAUAGCGGGAAGGUAAACGGCGUUUCCGUGUGCUGCGCUGGUGCCGGCUCGCCAGAGCAGCUUCGUCACGCUGGCCACAUGACCCAGAAGUGUCUCCGGACAGCGUUGGCCCUCGGCCUCUUAAGUGAGAUGGGCGCACAACCCUAGAGUCUGGCAAGACUGGCCCGUACGGGCAGGGGUACCUUUACCUUUACCUUAUAUAGUGUGCAAGUAACCGCCUGAAUACUGAGGUAUGCCCUGCAGAAUUACACAUUAAAAAUAUUAAAAUAGCAAAACACUUUCCUCACUGUGACAGUUAAACUUUAUAACAGUCAUUUUUGCUGAAAUGGUGUUGUGAGGUCUCUUAGAGUUAAUUCAACAUACUUCGAAACAUCUGUGAUUUGCUGUAAUAUGACCAAAAAAACCCCUGACUAGUAUUCUUGUUAAUUGUAUUAACCUGAACAUGGCCUUUUAGGGGUGUAGUUGGAUGCACAAUAGAGAUUUUGCAGAGGUUACAAAUUGCCUGUUAAAUGAAUGCAACAACACAAGAAAAUUAUUUGUAGAUGAGCAAACGAAAUUUUUUGAAACACAUUUUGAAACUGUGACAAAGUAAUGUCUUCAUUUGGUGAUAUAGCAAGAAGAAAAAUGCAGGAAACCAUGUAAAGAAUGUACCAUUUUGAACAUAUUAUAACUUCUGCACUCAAAACACAAUCUGCAAUAUGAUUUGCAUUUGCAUUGCCAGGAUUAUUGUUUUAUUACUAAAAAAAAAACUUAAAAGACACAACAUCCAUUUGUUUACACAAAAUAAGACCCAUUCUUAUUCCUCCCUUGUGUGGUUACCAUUUGUUUAGCAUAGACAUUUUGUUGGCCAAUUACAAUCAUGUUGCUCCCCCUAUGCUGCCCUGGGAGAAAUUUAAAAGUGGCUUCUUAACGUGAACCAGGAAAUGGCCUGUCUAGGCAAUGAGAUGAUUCUCAUUGAUAUUUUCUGGUCUACCUUGUUCUCAAAUUAUUGGAUUUCUUUCUACAUUAUGGAUUUCCUGUAGCUUAAAAUGUAGAAUGGAAAGUAGUUUAUCAAAUAUACAUGAGGAAAACAUAAGAUGACAGUUUUUUUAAAAAAUGGACUUCCUUUCAUUGAGAGGUAGUCUUGCCAGAGGUUAAAACAUUGGCAUCUUAUGUAGGUAACAUGGAACUGUGCCACAGUACAGUCAUACCUCGUGUUGUGUCCGCUUCAUGUUGCGUCUUUUCACGUUACGUCCCACAGCAACCCAGAAGUACCAGAAUGGGUUACUUCCGGCUUUUGCCGCUCGCACAUGUGCAGAAGUGCUAAAUCGCACUUCGCGCAUGCACAGAAGUGCCAAAUCGUGCCUACGCAGUGCUACGAGUUGCGGGCAUUUCACGUUAUGGGCGGGCCUCUGGAACAGAUCCCAUCCAUAUCACAAGGUACCACUGUAUCUUAAUAUGCCCUAGUACAUUUUUCAUUACCUCUUGGAUCUACCUUUAGUAACAGAUAGUCUUCAGUGCAUUGAGGUUUGCUGACAUUUGUUUAUACACAGCUCUCUUAACUCUCUUAUACACAGCAUUUCAGCUGGGUUGAGGUCUGGAUUUUGACUAGGCCAUUGCGACACCUUGGUUCUGUUCUUUUUCAGCCAUUCUGUUGUAGAUUUACUGGCAUGCUUAGGAUCCUUGUCCAGUUACAUGACCCAGUUUCAGCCAAGCUUCAGCUGUUGGGCAGAUGACCACACAUUUGGCUAUAGAAUACUUUGGUAUACAGAGGAGUUCAUGGUCGACUCAAUGACUGCCAGGUUCCCAGGUCCUGUGGCUGUAAAACAAGCCCAAAUUAUUACCCUUCCACCACCAUGCUUGACAGUUGGUAUGAGGUGCUUGUGCUUAUAUGCUGUGAUUGAUUUUUGCUAAACGUGGCACUGCGAAUUAUGGCCAAACAUCUCCACUUUGGUCUCAUCUGUCCAAAGGACAUUGUUCUGGAAGUCUUGUGGUUUGUUCAGAUGCAACUUUGCAAACCAAAGCCAUGCUGCCAUGUUCUUUGGCAAACAUUCCAAACCAUACUUGCUCAGUCUUUUGAUAAUUAUACUGUUAUGAACUUUAACAUUUAACAAGCUAACUGAGGCCUGUAGGUCCUGAGAUGGAACUCUUGGGUUUUUUGCAGUUUCUGUGAGCGUCGCUUGGUCUGGCUUCGGGGUGAAUUUGCUGGGGACGUCCACUCCUGAGAAGAUUGCCAACUAUCUUGAAUGUUUCCCACUUUUGAAUAAUCUUUCUCACUGUAGAAUGAUGGACUUAAAAUUGGUUGGAGAUGGCCUUAGAAUCUUUCCCAAUUUCAUGGACAGCAGCACCUGCUUCUCUAAGAGCAUUGUGUCAUCUUUCCCCCUUGGCAUUGUGUUAAAGCACACCUGAAUGCUCCAGACCACAAACUGAAAAAACUUAGGCUUUUAUAGAGGUGGGCACACUUGGUGAUGAUCACUUAACCAAGGGCAUUUGAUUAACAGCCCCUGUCUGCUACUUAGCCUCUUGAUUCCUAUGGAAGCGGUAAGGGCGUACUUAGUUUUUCACACAUGAUUUCUGCACCUUGGCUUUAUUUCUGUAUACCCAGAACAAACUCAGUUGGUCUCUAAGGUCCUACUGGACAAUUUUCUUAUUUUUUUAUUUAUUUUGACUACGUCAGACCAACACGACUACAUACCUGAAUUUAAAAUUGACUGUAAUUCUUCUACUUCAUUGUUCAGUACAUUCCAAAUAUUAAACCUUUACUAUGUUGGUCAGUUGCCCCCAGUGUGCUCUAAAUGGAAAAUUUUAUAGACUGUAAAAAGCCCAAUAGAAGUAGGGAAACUUUACAGCACCAUCAAAUGUAUUUGAUGUGUAAUGCAAUCAACUCGGGUAUAGUACAGUGGUACCUCUGCUUAUGGACGCGAUCCGUUCCGGGGUGCCGUUCGCACCCCGAAAAGUCCAUAAGUAAAGCGCCACUUCUGCAUGAUGCAAUAGAGUGCUUUUGCGCAUGCGCAAAGCGUGCAGAGCGCUUCUGCUCGUGCGGCAAAACUCAGAAGUAUACACUUCCGGGUUUGCCGCAUUCGUAACCCGAAAAUCCGCAACCUGAACCUAACACAACUAGAGGUAUGACUGUAUCUGGAAGCAAGUCUGUCUCCCUCUGACAACAAAGCACCUUCAAGCUACAGAGUGAACGCAGACAGCUGCCCUAGCAGUAGAAUCACUAAUGCAUUGUUGAAGGAGCAGGAAAGGUAUACCAAAAUGUGACAGUGUGUGGAAACACUAAAGUUGAACUUCAUGUAACUCCAGCUGUGUGUCUAAUUUUGAUGCGCUCUUCUCUUUGAACACAUGAGGUUAUUGCUGAAGUGUUUUAAUUAAUAGUGGGUUUAUAUCUUUUUUUAAAGUGAGCUAUAUGAUUGAUUAACAAAGAUUAACAGUUACCGUAGUUAACUUAAUUGUCUCUCUUUGUUAAUGAAUAUUUUAGAAAUCAUACGAUUUGGGGUUGGAAGAGAUCUUAUCAAUCCAGUCCAACCUUCUGCUCUGAAGCAAGACAGUGAUUAUAUUAUCUCUGCAUGGAAUUGGUCAGAGCUUGGGGAGCUGCAAGAUCCACUUUAAUACUCUUGAGGUCAGCUUUCCUUCCUCCCAAUAACUGCAGGCUAAAGUAAUUCCUGCCCAGAGCUGUUGAAAGGGCAUCCAUGAAAAAUGGAAAUGUUUUACUGUCUUAAGAGUUAGUAUGGUAGUAUCUAUUUUUUAAGAAGAACAAUAAGAAGCCUAAAGACCUUUGGUCCUGGUAUAUUGAUCAAGUGAAAUAAAGGAUUAAGUUCCACAUAUUUUAACAGUAUUCAGUAAUUUUAAAUUUUCUAACCCCAGUAUGUAGAAGGCAAUUAUACAUUCCCUACUGCAUACAUCAAGAUUUGUGUGAGGAUGCUUGUCUCCUUUCCUGGAGCAGUGGCAUAAGAAACAUGAUCUCUUCUAAUGAGGCACAAAUGGGAGGGAAGGCCUAAUUUUACUGAAGUCUAAGGUAAGGCUUUGGGUGAAUAAAAUAUGUUUGGACUUGUACUAUAUGUGGAUGUGAGAAGAGGUUCAAUGUUAUGAAAAUAUGUGCAUUCUGAUUUUCUGUAAACAAAGUAUUCUGAGGCUGUUUAUGGGAUGCCUAGAUCUGUACCUACGAUGCAUCUCAGCAAGACAUAUUGUGACUAUGUCCAUGGUCAUAGACUAAAGCAAAACACAUUUCAGUAGAAUAUUUAGAAUUUCAGCCUAAUUCAGAAUGAUUGCUGUUGAACUCCCACAACAAAGAAAGGGGGUCAUUACCUUCUACUGUUUUAUUUUUAUUUCAUAAAAUUCAUAUACUGCUUAUCUGUAAUUAGAACCUCCAAGUGGUUUACAAAGAAUGUAAGAUACACAUUCAAAUGGUCAGUAAAUGCAAACUUUUUUAAAAAAGUGAAAUUAAUUAAAUCAGGAGUUAAACAUUUAACAAAGCUAAAACACUUCUUUUCCACAAGUUGAUCAAUUCGUAAGUAUCCUAGUUUGCUAUUUCAAGUGACAAGCUCCAUGGCAGUAUUGUUUCUACUAUCGUAACUCUGUUCUGCUUGAUCACAUGAGGGCUAAAUUUGUAUAGGGAGCUAAGUGUGUAUUCACCAAUCCCAACAUGUUGUGGUUACUAGAUACCCCAACACCACUUCUGACUGUCAUGUGUUCAGCACAAAAAUCUGAAGUGGGCUUCUAACCAUAUUCAGCGGAAUGCAGUUAAAAGUCUCUACAAUACUAGGAACCUUGCAGUAUUGCUCAGAGGCUUCUGAAUAUGCCUGGCAUGUAGGGGACAGUGUGGGUGGGGGCCAGUAUGCAUGUAACCUGCUUACAGAGCAUAUUUGGUACUUGCAUUAUCAUGCUGAAUAGGGCUAAAGUUUCUCCUUAAUAAUAUGCUCGUUACUUAGCAACAAAAUAUGGAAGUAGUGCCUUCAGGAUAGGGAUAACCGAGAAUGAAGCACAAAUUUGCACCAGUUAUUUCCGAAGACAUAGCCCAAGGAAGGAAGGCUGCACAGAUGCUCUUUUACUGCACAGUGACACUGCUGAACUUUAUGUAAGGUGUAAUAACUGAAUGAAAAUUCACUACAACUGCAGUAACAGCAGCACUGUAUAUGCAGAGAAGUUCCGCACAUGUGGCAAACAUUUGUGUAGACAUUCACACCACAGAUGUUAUUUUAAAAGUUAGCAAGUAGUCUUGCUGGCGAGCCACUCUGACCGAGAAGGAAGGGUGUUGUCAGAGAAGUGGCACGCAUGUUAAGCCAUUACAGUGGUACCUCAGGUUAAGUACUUAAUUCGUUCCGGAGGUCCAUUCUUAACCUGAAACUGUUCUUAACCUGAAGCACCACUUUAGCUAAUGGGGCCUCCUGCUGCUUCCGCGCUGCCGGAGCACGAUUUCUGUUCUCAUCCUGAAGCAAAGUUCUUAACCUGAAGCACUAUUUCUGGGUUAGCGGAGUCUGUAACCUGAAGCGUAUGUAACCUGAAGCGUAUGUAACCCAAGGUACCACUGUACUCCCCUUCUUCAACCUCCCUCCCCCUUAGCUGAAAUAGGGCUGGCCCAAGACACUUCAUUGCUUAAUAACAUCCCAUGUACCAAAGCUGCCCAGACCAGCAGUUGAAUCUCAGCUAUGAGAUAGCAGAUUGUCUUCAGGUGCAGUGAAGGAUGCUAUCUUAGGCGUUGCAGGACAGGUCACACAUACACUCCACACACACACUCAGAAUUUGCCACCUGAAGUGCCUGUCUCAUGUCAGGGCAAGCCGUGACUAGGAAGUCGUGUGAGAAGCAGGGAGAUGAGUGUGCAAAUAAGCAUAUGCUCCCCCUCAGUAGUGCUGAGCGUGGAAGUCAGGGGUUGACAACUUGGGAGCCAGAAUGGUACCCCUCGGUCAGAUUUAGUUCAGGGAUUUAUCAGUUCCCUGCUUUAGUUUACUGCAAUGAAUGCACAAUGAUAGGAUAUCAUUUUAUGCCUGAUAAAGCUUUUGACUAGCUUUUACAAACUAUGCAACUACAGAGAUAUUUUUUUUCUUGCAAUGCAAAUUCAGUUGGAAGCUUGAAUUGUUUGGAUCAACUUCUGCCAUUCCAGAUGUCUCUUACAUACCAUGAAUUUCUUUGGCCGUCUUCCUAUGUAUUCUUUUUCCAUCAAGGGUUUAACAGAGUAACAUUGAUGCAAAGAUGUGUUGUUGUUACAUUUAAUUGCCACUGCCAGCAUCUAUUGAGUAACCUAUUGGCAUUUACAGUAUUUGUGUCAGUGAUGGGGUCUUGAAAUUUGGCAAUGUAAAGUUAUCAUUAAUCAAACUGACUGCCUUGUAAAAAGAGCUGAGGUUGUUUCCCAUCUCCACUGAAAAUUGAAGUGUUUGUGAUAUUCUUAGAUAUUUUUAAAUAUCAUCCCAGUCUACUGAAAUUGAUAGUUACUUUCCUAAAGAAAGUUUUGUAAAUUUAAUUUACAUUUGUUUACAUUUUCUGUGAGAUACCUUAUGAGCUGUAGUUCUAUUUGCAGAAAAGAUGAGGCAUUCAAAAUUCUGGUUUGUUAAUAUUUUACUAACUUUAAAACAUUUACUACUUUGAUUAAAGGAGUGUGUCCAUUCUCCCCAUUCAAAUGAUUUCAUCACUAACCGAUUGCUAAGUACUGCUUUGACUGGGCAGAGUAAUUAAUGCUUAAUAUUGGCAGCAGUCAAAUCUGAGCUUACACAUGAUAUUGUUGGAUUCCCCCCCCCUAAUCUUUUGACUAGAGUCCUAGAAUAAUUGUGUUUUUUUAUUAGGCUGCUUAGAGGAUUAAAUAGAUGCCACUAAAUUCUGUGGACUUUUUAAAACAAAAACAAAAAACACCUCAUCAUACUGUCAUACUGUCAGUGCAUUCUCCGAUGAUAGCUUCUAUGGUGACAGAAUAAUCUGUAUUUCCCUGUCACAGAAUAAUCCAAUAUUUCCCAGUUAUUUGGGCCAUACCUUUUUUUAAUAGGGAAAAUAUUUUAUCCAACUUGCAUGCAGUUCUUUUGUAGUACUCUCUGAAGUGGCAGAAAUCAUGUGGUGAGGCUUUAAAAAGUAACACUAGAGCUCUUGAAGGCACACAUAAGAGCAUUCCAUGGUCCUUCUGAAGUGCAUUUUCAAAAAACUUGAUUUUACUCCCCUUUCAUUAUAUAAACCACCAAUGUUGUAAACUGCUCAAUAGAGCAAAAUAUGAUUUUUAAGAAGUAGUAAUAUCAGCAGUCUCCUUCAGUGCUGAAGAGGCCUAGGACUCAAAUUUCAAAGCUGUCUCUUUCAGCAAAAUGACUAGGCAACAUGGUAAAUGAUAUUCAUGUAUUUAUGCAAGUUAUUUUUUCUGCUGUUUAUGUAAAAAAAUGAUUAAUGUUCAGAAUCAAGCACAGGCUGUUCCUGUACUUAUCCUCCAGUUAAAAGGGGGUACUGUGUGCUUGGUACCAUUGUUUCUGUAUCUCAGAUCUUGAGAGGUGCUGAAGAUUUAAUGGUGACAUAAUGAGUGACCUCUGUCAUAUUCCUUGAUGGGCAUCAGCAUUUAGCACUUUGUUCUAGUUUAAGAAAAAUAUAACAUUUAGAUCAUAUGUAAAAUAUAGAAAUUAAAAUUGACCUUCCCGUGCUUAAAACCAGCCAUUAAUAAAGAUCAAAUACAAAAAACCCAAACUACAACCAGCCAUUAAAAUUUGACCAAACAUUUUAUUUGAUUGUUCUUUGAAAGCAUUUAAUUAAUGAAAAAAACUAAUUUUUUUCUUACCCCUCUUUCAAAGCAGUCAAAUUAACCUGACUUGAGCAACAGCAAGUAAUUAAACCAUGCCCCAACAUUUCCCUGCUAAGAAAGUUUUAUCCCGAUUUCUCUCAUUUCCUUAAUGUACCAGUAGUUCUUGUCAUCACAUUACGAGGCAGUAAUGAUGCAUAAAUGUGAGUGUAAAGUAGUAUGGCCUUCUGAGAUGGAUUAAUUAAAGUUUCCGGCACUAAUUAUAAUAACUACUGCUUUUUAUUGUUUAAACCUUAUUAAACUCUGCAAUCCCUUCAGAAAAACAAGGCUCAGAGAGUAAAUUGUGUAUGCUGAAAACCUAAGCAUACCCUCUUUGAAAUUUAUCCCCUUCUGCUAGCCUGCCAGUGAGGUUAUCAUAUCUGCCAAGUCUGGGAAGAUAAAUCUUGGCUUGACUGUCUAAACUGAUGUUCAUUCUGUACCUAAUAAUAACACUUUUCCUCUUGUUCAAGACUGUACAACUGUACAGUGAUUUUUUAAUAUAUAUUUUAGGUUCAGCUACAAAAAAAUUGUUGCACCUACCUAUUGAAGUGUUGUGUGUUUUCCCCUGGUUCAUAUGGCAGAUGGAUUAUCAAAACAUGUUACAGAAUUUUUUUUUAUCAUAGCAGUGCAGAAUAUGGUCUUUAAAGGAUAUAUUUCAUAUCAAAAUACCAUAUCUCACAUAAUCUGAGUAGUCAAUUGUAUGCAAAAUCCCAUGACAUGUUGAGGAGGAAAACAUUUUUAAUGCAAAAGAAGUGUCCUGUCUCACAAAAUGUUACCUGUGAUCAUUAUUUUUGCCCUCAGCUAUUUUUUCCAGUUUCUGCAACCCACUUUUCAGACUUUUCUGUCCAUUGUAAUAAUAAUUGGAAUGAAGCUGUCUACAAGAGUUCUAGUGUAGUUUUUGUUAUGUGAAUGGUGCCACGGACCCCCUGAGUGGGUCACACAGACCCCCUGGAGUUCAUGGAUCACCAAUUAGGAACCACUGAUCUCGAGCAUUAAGGCAUUUUCCAAGUCUGUUUUUCCAUGUGGAUGUGGAUAUGUGUUUGUCCUGGAAGACACUUUAUCCUUGCAAAUUGUUUUAAAGGUUUUCAGUAAAGUUUGUAGUAAAAAAUGAGAGAAUGUAAAGGAAAUAAUGCACAGCUUGAUGGUCACAGCUUUCAGUUUGGUUCUGGGCCCAAUACAGAGUGCUAAUAGUUAUCUUUUAAAGCCCUAAAUGGCUUUGGAACAGGAUACCUGAAGCGUAUAUAUACUAGCCUAGGCCUUAAGAUCUUCAUUGAGCGGCAUUCUCCCAGAUACUGGGAAUUGAUGUACUUUAACUGUGUGUUGAAUGCACUUUAAAUGUAUGGUGUGGAUCUGCCCAAGUGACUGAUGUUCGUGAAAUUUUGCCCUACAGGAGUGGAUACUUCUCCUUUAUGGUAGGUCUUCAGUUGCCCUUGUUUUAGUGAUAAUUCUGUGCUACAGCAAGUCUUUUACUGUAGCCCAUUGACCUAAGAAUGGCAAAUUUUGCCUUUUAAAUUACCGUGCCAAGGUGAAUGGGGGUGGGAUGGGAAUGAUUUGAGAAUUGAACCUCCAGCUGUUUGUAGUUGAGUGUGAGAGAAGCAGCCUGACAUUUGAGGAGCCCAGAGAAUGUUAUCCUCUCAUUAUACAUUCAGUAUGCAGUCUUUUUGCAACUGCAGGUGGCCAGCAUGGUUGCAGGCAUGCAGAGUUCCUGUACUGAUCUUCCAGUGACAGAGGUGUUUUAAGAAAUUACAGUGACAUGAUUCUAACCAAAAUUGAAACACUAUGUUGUACGUCACUAGAAUUUUUAAAAAUGGAGUGAGUUGAAAGUUAUGUGAAGUAUUCUGUUGGCAGUUUAACUGAACAUGAAAUAAAAUCCUGUGGAAGUACCGUAUUUUUCGCACCAUAGGACGCACUGGACAAUAGGACGCACUUUGUUUUAGAGGGGGGAGCACAAGAAAAAAAAAAAUCUCCCCCUCUCUGCCCAGCGCCCCUUCAGUGAAGCGGCAGGAGGCGCUGCACAGAGAGGGGGAGAACUUCCCCCCUCUUGUUUUCCCGCUCUAAAACAAGGUGCCGUUUAAGGUGCGUUCAGGCGGCUACCUUGGAAGCCUGGAGAGCGAGAGGGGUCAGUGUGCACUGACCCCUCUCGCUCUCCAGGCUUCAGGUUCCUUUCAGCCUGCUCUUUGGGGCUGGCGGGGGGAAGCCCACCACCAGCCCCAAAGAGCAGGUCAGGGAGCAGCGGAAAGGCGCAGCGGAGAGGCUCCUGCCAUAGCCGCGCGUCACCUCUCCAGCCGGGAGAGCGCGCGCGGGGCUAAAGAAGCCCCCCGCGACCCUCUCCCAGCUGGAGAGGUGACGCCCGGCUCUAGAGGCUCCUGCCAUAGCCGUGCGUCACCUCUCCAGCCGGGAGAGGGUCGCGGGGCUAUGGCUUCUUUAGCCCCGCGCGCGCUCUCCCGGCUGGGGAGGUGAUGCAAGGCUAUAGAGGCUCCUGCCAUAGCCGCACAUCACCUCUCCAGCUGGGAGCGGGUUGCGGGGUGCUUCUUUAGCCCCGCGUGCGCUCUCCUGGCUGGAGAGGUGACGCGCGGCUGUAGAGGCUCCUGCCAUAGCCGCGCGUCACCUCUCCAGCCGGGAGAGCGCGCGCGGGGCUAAAGCAGCCCCCCGCGAGUGCUCUCCCGGCUGGAGAGGUGACACGGGGCUGUAGAGGUUCCUGCCAUAGCCACGCGUCACCUCUCCAGCUGGGAGAGGGUCGCGGGGCUAUGGCGUCUUCGCUCUAUAGGACGCACACACAUUUCCCCUUCAUUUUUGAAGGGGAAAAAGUGCGUCCUAUAGAGCGAAAAAUACGGUAGUAGCUUUUGAAAUAAGGCAAAACAGUGAUAGUGCUUCGCUGAUAGGAGCAGCUAUAAACUUAAUCAUUGCUAGUGAGUUUGUCAGCUAACAUUUCCGCUUCAAGCUUAUGCCAAUCUUCUAAUUAAGUGAUGAGCUCAAAUAGCUGAAGAGAGCUAUUAAUGGCAUUUAGUUAAUUGGCUAAUGUGAUCCUACCAAUAAAUGUCACAGUGGGACAAACUGUUAAUGUACUGUUAACUAAAACCAGUAGAUCUUAGCUGAGCUGGGAAGUAGCUUGUAGAUCAUCCCUUCUAGAGAAAGGAAUAAUACUUAAGAGUCAAGGAUUGAGAGAUCAUUAUGUGAUUCUACUAGCUGAGAAGAUUUGUGUCUCAGUUGUGGCUGCUGGGCACUCAAUUCAGCUCCAAUUUAGGCUUAAUGGUGGUAGGCUUACAAUGGAUUUUCACCAGGCUUCCUGCCAGCAUUGUGUGUUUGCCCAACAAACCUGGAUAGAACGGUUGCAUCUCAUAUCUUCCAAACUAGUAAUCUAAUGAUAAUGAUAAUAAUUUAUUAUUUCUACCCCGCCUAUCUGGCUGGGUUUCCCCCGCCACUCUGGGCAGCUUUCAACAGAACAUUAAAAACAGAAUAAAACUUCAAACAUUAAAAACUUCCCUAAACAGGGCUUCCUUCAGUUACUCUUAUUGAUACGAUAAUAAAACGUGCUCUCAAUCCCAAUCCCAAUACCACUUCUAGUGUACACCAGCAGAAUUCCCAUUUUAGACUUCAGUGGUACCUCGGGUUACAUACGCUUCAGGUUACAGACUCCGCUAACCCAGAAAUAGUACCUCGAGUUAAGAACUUUGCUUCAGGAUAAGAACAGAAAUUGUGCCGCCGCGGCAGCGAGAGGCCCCAUUAGCUAAAGUAAUGCUUCAGGUUCAGAACAGUUUCAGGUUAAGAACAGACCUCCGGAACGAAUUAAGUACUUAACCCAAGGUACCACUGUAUAUGAAAGGAAUUGGAGAUUUGUUGUGACUCAUGGUGAACAGGCAAAAUCCCCUUUAUUCUUAAAGUGCUUCAGCUGUUGUGUUAGAUGACCUGAACUCUAAGCAAUCUAAUCCUUAGUCAUUUGUCUAUUACACACGUUUGUUGCAGAGAUUGUACUUUUGAUGUUCUACCUUACACUUAACACAGUCCAAAACAAUAUAUUCUCUCAUUCACUAUAUUGAAGGAAGAGAGCAUAAUCAAGCUGUAAAUAGAAGAGGACCUAUGACAAAAAUUAGUAUCCUGACAGCAUGCAGGGUAAGCUUCUCAGCAGGAUAGAUACCUGGGGAGAAGAAAAAAGGUGUUGAGAAACAGCAAGAAUGUUGGAAUUGCCUGUAAGCCAUUUCAAUAAUUAAUGUUUGGGGGAAGCAAAAAAUAAAUAAAUCAAAUCAUUUGGUAUACGUUUACAUUCAUUGUGUUUGUGUUCAAAGAUGAGGCUAGCUGUUACUAAACCCAAAUGUUUACUGAAGUUGCUGUUUAGAAUCCGAUGACAUACUAGUGGGAUUCAAAAUGUUCCAUUUAAUUGUUCUUUAAAGUGUAUGAAGGUGGGGAUGUGAUGCAGGGAGGGAGUUUGAAAAGCUUUCAUACACUUGUCCAUAAUAGUUUGGAGUCUGCCAGAUUUGCACUCAACCUAUAAAUUUCCUCUAAAUUCAGUGUGUGACUACAGUUCUUGUAUAUUUGAGGCCUUCCAACAAGCUGGUUGUUUUGUGAACAGUUACAUCUACUGUUCUGGAUUUUAUAGAUGGUCAGCACAAAAGGCAACUUGUUCUAGUUGCAUAAAACAUAAAGAAGCAGCAGAUUUGCAUGGUCAAGUAUUUAAAGAAAAGACUAUUAUUACCCUACAGUCCUACCAGCAUACACAACUAACCCGCUUUUAAACAUCAUAAUCGGUUGUAGCUUAUUUUGAGAUACAGUAAUUGGCCCUAGGUCAGACAAUAAGUGUUUUAUGACAGAGCAAGGAUUUAAACCUGGGUCUCCGACCCACGUCCAACACUUUAGUCACUACACCAAAACAUAUAAGGCACACAAAAUAUGAAUGGGAUCAACCUGACUUUUCAGAUGAUUCAUUACUUGCAUUUUCUGGCAGCAUUCUCAACCUUAGAUAGUUCACCUUAAUUUUCCUUUGCUUUGAGGCCAUUAUUCUGUUAAAUAUUUUAAUGAAUUCACAGCCUGCUGAGCACUAUACCAUAUUGAAUUGGUAAACAUAAAACGUAUCUUAUUGGAUGAAUGAAGUUAAACUAUAUAAUCUGCUAGCUGUAAGAUAGGGGUGUCUGUUACUCUUUUCAAAAAGAGAUAAUUGACGUUUGUGCAACUCCUGUGGGGAGACACAUUCGUCUUCUAGAAUAUAUCCUGUUGGAUUUCCAGUAGCCGCUUAAAUGCAGCCAAUGUGACUUGUUUAUACAGUACCAGUGUUGGAAGAGUUUCCAUUUUUAUUUAUUUCCCCCCAUUUAUGCUGUUGUUUCUAGCUCUUGCUACUCAGAAACACAAAGUACCGUAUUUUUUGCACCAUAACACUCACUUUUUUCCUCCUAGAAAGUAAGGGGAAAUGUCUGUGCGUGUUAUGGAGGGAAUGCCUACGGGUGGCGGGGGGGGGAUCUGCUGCAGUCGUGAGCAGAGGAUCCACGGUUCCCCUUCCUUCCCUCCUCCAUGGCUCACUUUGAAACAGCAAAGCGAGAGAAGUGCCGCUGAGUGGGGAGGAGAGAGGGACAGAGAGCCUGCUUCUUUAAAGGAGCAAAGCGGGAGAGGAGAGGAGCCGCUUACACAAGUGUAAGCGGCUCCUGUCCGGUUGGCUCCUUUAAAGCAAGCAGGCUCUCUGUCCCUCUCUCCUCCCCACUCAGCUUGCUAAAUAGCAGCAAAGUUUUUCAGCUCGCUAAGCCGGGGAUGAGCGGGGAGGAGGGAGAAAAGCAGAGCCUGCUUGCUUUAAAGGAGCAAAGCGGGAGAGGAGAGGAGCCUUCUCCCCUUAUACUCCUCUUCUUCAUUAUUAGCAGCAUCCUUCUCCACCCACCCCACGCGUGCUCCUUCUCCCCUUAAACCCCUCUUCUGCAUUAUUAGCAGCAUCCUUCUCCACACACCCCACGUGUGCUCCUUGUCCCUUGAGUGCUUUUCCUUCCCUCCCCACUUAAAACGUGGUUACAAAGCACGGAUCCACAUGGAUCCUCAGGAUUUUUGCACUGGGUCACCCCAAAUUCACCAUCAGAUCACAUAGCAUGUCCAUGGCUACAUCUUGCACCAAAAAAAUAACUACAUGCGUGUUAUGGUCAGGUGCGUGUUAUAGAGCGAAAAAUACGGUAUUUUUUUGUGAGACGUAUUCUUCGAAGAUUCCUACAGCUCACUUGAGUGCAAGUUUCAUUUUAGAUAUUCUUUGGAGAAUUUGCCAUUUGUUGCAAAAAGAGUUAGAUAAUUGUUGCUUAGUUUUCCUAGCUUCAAUAAUCAACUAAACCAACUGAACAUUGAAAUCUGGUAACUUGCUCAACACUGAAGAACUACUGGCAACUUGUAUAUUUCUGUUUGCACAAACAUGAUCAGCAAAAGAUUAGGCAAAUAUUUGUCUCCUCUUUCAGUCACGUCUGGUGAAUAAGAGCCAUCUUAUCCUCAAACAUUCAAAAUUAUGAAAUGGCCACUAUAAUAUUGACAAGUAUUUUUGCAUUUUAUUCACUAUCCUGCUUGUAGUAACUGCUUGAGUGUUCUAUGCAGCAAAAGUGUAAAAUGUGAAGGGAAUGUGUUUGGUGAUGAGAACACAGCAAGGAAAUAUUUGUAUGUGUUCCUGGUGUGAAGCACUACAUGUUUAGGAAUGUGCAUCUACCCUUCACAUUCAUAUAUGUUUCAGAGAUCACCAGUUUAAAAGGCCGAAAGCAUACAGCAAUGGGAGACAGGCUCCAGUGGAAAUCCACUCCUUAUAUAAAAAUCUUGCAUUUAAUGAUGAACAAUUCAGCGUAUUUUGAUCAUAUCUCGUAACUCAGAAAUGGAAGAGUGAAAUGUAUUUUUGCCUUUUGUGACGAGAUGCUCUUACUUAAUAGUUGGCUCUUGGGGCAAUGGCAUUCUGAAACUUUUUUUGUUACAAAUGAUUAAUCAGACUGUAACAGAUGCCACAAAAAGUGAAGAAACCCAAAAACACUGUGGAAGAUCAGAAUGGAGUACUGUUGAAAAGGCAUUUGAGCUGGGGAGGAGAUAACCAAAAGUUGUUACUCAGUUUGAACAGCUCUCAACCAGAGAAAAGGAGCAAGUUGUUUCAACACAGUGCCUGAUUUCUUCUCUUCUCCCCCACCCCCAGUUGCACUAGGUCGUAAUCAGCCCUUGAAAAAGGAAAAACCAAAAUGGAAAAGUGAUUAUCCGAUGACAGAUGGACAACUGCGCAGCAAAAGAGACGAAUUUUGGGACACCGCACCUGCUUUUGAAGGCCGCAAGGAAAUCUGGGAUGCCUUGAAGGCUGCAGCACAUGCAUUUGAGAACAAUGAUCAUGAACUUGCACAGGCAAUCAUUGAUGGUGCAAACAUAACAUUACCUCAUGGUAAGUAUGCCCAUAAUGGAUGGACUUUAGCAGCAGUGAGUAGAAAAUAAUUUCGCUUAGACAACUUUCCUGAAGUCAUGCUUUCCAAAUGACUAGGUCCACAUGUAAAUGAAUAUAAUGACUGCUUUUUGAUGUUAAUUAUUUAGAAAAGUUUAGCAUUAUGACAAAGGAGCCUCAGUAACCUUCAAGUUUACACAUUCCCUCACCUUCUGAUAGAACCAUGAGGAACAGAUUGUGAGUUUCAUCUUUAGAGUUGUGUAUGUUUCCUCUCUGACAUCAUCAGCCAGGGUUAAAAUUGUGAGUACAAUAUACACCACAGCUCCACAAAUGCACAAAGUGAUUAGUAUCAAAUAACAAUUUGUGUUCUACUACUCCAUUGUCAUACAGUCGUACCUUGGAAGUCGAACGGAAUCCGUUCCAAAAGUCCAUUCGACUUCCAAAACGUUUGGAAACCAAAGCGCGGCUUUGGAUUGGCUGCAGGAAGCUCCUGCAACCAAUCAGAAGCUGCGGAAGUCCCAUCGGAAGUUUGGCUUCCAAAAAUAGUUCACAAAGCGGAACAGUCACUUCUGGGUUUGCAGCAUUCGGGAGCCAAACAUUCCAGAACUUGUUUGUUGUUUAGUUGUUUAGUCGUGUCCGACGCUUCGUGACCCCCUGGACCAGAGCACGCCAGGCACUCCUGUCUUCCACUGCCUCCCGCAGUUUGGUCAAACUCAUGUUUGUGGCUUCAAGAACACUGUCCAACCAUCUCGUCCUCUGUCGUCCCCUUCUCCUUGUGCCCUCCAUCUUUCCCAACAUCAGGGUCUUUUCCAGGGAGUCUUCUCUUCUCAUGAGGUGGCCAAAGUAUUGGAGCCUCAGCUUCAUGAUCUGUCCUUCCAGUGAGCACUCAGGGCUGAUUUCCUUAAGAAUGGAGAGGUUUGAUCUUCUUGCAGUCCAUGGGACUCUCAAGAGUCUCCUCCAGCACCAUAAUUCAAAAGCAUCAACUCUUCGGUGAUCAGCCUUCUUUAUGGUCCAGCUCUCACUUCCAUACAUCACUACUGGGAAAACCAUAGCUUUUACUAUACGGACCUUUGUUGGCAAGGUGAUGUCUCUACUUUUUAAGAUGCUGUCUAGGUUUGCCAUCGCCUUUCUCCCAAGGAGCAGGCGUCUUUUAAUUUCGUGACUGCUGUCACCAUCUGCAGUGAUCAUGGAGCCCAAGAAAGUAAAAUCUCUCACUGCCUCCAUUUCUUCCCCUUCUAUUUGCCAGGAGGUGAUGGGCCCAGUGGCCAUGAUCUUCGUUUUUUGAUGUUGAGCUUCAGACCAUAUUUUGCGCUCUCCUCUUUCACCCUCAUUAAAAGGUUCUUUAAUUCCUCCUCACUUUCUGCCAUCAAGGUUGUAUCAUCUGCAUAUCUGAGGUUGUUGAUAUUUCUUCCAGCGAUCUUAAUUCAUCCAGCCCAGCCUUUCGCAUGAUGAAUUCUGCAUAUAAGUUAAAUAACCAGGGAGACAAUAUACAGCCUUGCCGUACUCCUUUCCCAAUUUUGAACCAAUCAAUUGUUCCAUAUCCAGUUCUAGCUGUAGCUUCUUGUCCCACAUAGAGAUUUCUCAGGAGACAGAUGAGGUGAUCAGGCACUCCCAUUUCUUUAAGAACUUGCCAUAGUUUGCUGUGGUCGACACAGUCAAAGGCUUUUGCAUAGUCAAUGAAGCAGAAGUAGAUGUCUUUCUGGAACUCUCUAGCUUUCUCCAUAAUCCAGCGCAUGUUUGCAAUUUGGUCUCUGGUUCCUCUGCCCCUUCGAAAUCCAGCUUGCACUUCUAGGAGUUCUCGGUCCACAUACUGCUUAAGCCUGCCUUGUAGAAUUUUAAGCAUAACCUUGCUAGCGUGUGAAAUGAGUGCAAUUGUGUGGUAGUUAGAGCAUUCAUUGACACUGCCCUUCUUGGGGAUUGGGAUGUAGACUGAUCUUCUCCAAUCCUCUGGCCACUGCUGAGUUUUCCAAAUUUGCUGGCAUAUUGAGUGUAGCACCUUAACAGCAUCAUCUUUUAAAAUUUUAAAUAGUUCAGCUGGAAUAUCAUCACUUCCACUGGCCUUGUUAUUAGCAGUGCUUUCUAAGGCCCAUUUGACUUCACUCUCCAGGAUGUCUGGCUCAAGGUCAGCAACCACACUACCUGGGGUAUACGAGACAUCCAUUUCUUUCUGGUAUAGUUCCUCUGUGUAUUCUUGCCACCUCUUCUUGAUGUCUUCUGCUUCUGUUAGGUCCUUUCCACUUUUGUCUUUUAUUAUGGUAAUCUUUGUACGAAAUGUUCCUUUCAUAUCUCCAAUUUUCUUGAACAGAUCUCUGGUUUUUCCCAUUCUAUUGUUUUCCUCUAUUUCUUUGCAUUGCUCGUUUAAGAAGGCCUUCUUGUCUCUCCUUUCUAUUCUUUGGAAAUCUGCAUUCAAUUUCCUGUAUCUUUCACUAUCUCCCUCGCAUUUUGCUUGCCUUCUCUCCCCCGCUAUUUGUAAGGCCUCGUUGGAAAGCCACUUUGCUUUCUUGCAUUUCCUUUUCAUUGGGAUGGUUUUAGUUGCUGCCUCCUGUAUAAUGUUACGAGCCUCCAUCCAUAGUUCUUCAGGCACUCUGUCCACCAAAUCUAAAUCCUUAAACCUGUUCCUCACUUCCACUGUGUAUUCAUAAGGGAUUGUAUCUUACCGGCCCAGUGGUUUUUCCUACUUUCUUCAGUUUAAGCUUGAAUUUUGCUAUAAGAAGCUGAUGAUCUGAGCCACAGUCAGCUCCAGGUCUUGUUUUUGCUGACUGUAUAGAGCUUCUCCAUCUUUGGCUGCAGAGAAUAUAAUCAAUCUGAUUUCGAUGCUGCCCAUCUGGUGAUGUCCAUGUGUAGAGUCGUCUCUUGUGUUGUUGGAAAAGAGUGUUUGUGAUGACCAGCUUGUUCUCUUGGCAGAACUCUAUUAGCCUUUGCCCUGCUUCGUUUUGAACUCCAAGGCCAAACUUGCCAGUUGUUCCUUUUAUCUCUUGACUCCCUACUUUAGCAUUCCAAUCCCCUAUAAUGAGAAGAACAUCCUUCUUUGGUGUCAUUUCUAUAAGGUGUUGUAAGUCUUCAUAGAAUUGCUCAAUUUCAGUUUCUUCAGCACCAGUGGUUGGUGCAUAAACUUGGAUUACUGUGAUGUUAAAAGGUCUGCCUUGGAUUCGUAUCGAGAUCAUUCUAUCAUUUUUGAGAUUGCAUCCCAGUACAGCUUUCGCCACUCUUUUGUUGACUAUGAGGGCCACUCCACUUCUUUUACAGGAUUCUUACCCACAGUAGUAGAUAUGAUGGUCAUCCGAACUGAAUUCGCCCAUUCCCGUCCAUUUUAGUUCACUGAUGCCCAGGAUGUCAAUAUUUAUUCUUGCCAUCUCAUUUUUGACCACAUCCAACUUACCCAGGUUCAUGGUUCUUACAUUCCAGGUUCCUAUGCAAUAUUUUUCUUUACAGCAUUGGACUUUCCUUUCGCUUCCAGGCAUAUCCGCAACUGAGCAUCCUUUUGGCUUUGGCCCAGCCGCUUCAUCAGCUCUGAAUCUACUUUUACUUGUCCUCCGCUCUUCCUCAGUAGCAUGUUGGACGCCUUCCGACCUGAGGGGCUCAUCUUCCAGCGUCAUAACUUUCAUAUGCCUGUUGUCUUUGUCCAUGGAGUUUUCUUGGCAGGGAUACUGGAGUGGCUUGCCGGUUCCUGCUCCAGGUGGAUCACGUUUGGUCAAAACUCUCCACUAUGACCUGUCCAUCUUGGGUGGCCCUGCACGGCAUAGCUCAUAGCUUCUCUGAGUUAUUCAAGCCCCUUCGCCACGGCAAGGCAGUGAUCCAUGAAGGGGAUUCCAGAACUAGACUGUUCAAAAACCAAGGUACGACUGUACUCAGUUCGAGAGACAGUACCUCUUUUCUUUGAAGCAAAAGAAAGACCUGGGAAAGACUGGCAUGACACAUCUCUAGAAAUCCUUUCUGGGGACAGUAGAAGUUCCUGGUAACCCUCUAAAAGCAGUCAUUUAAGCAAUUGUUCCUUUUUUGCUUGUAACUGUUGGAUUGUUACCAACCUUUAUGCUGUAAGGAGAAAUGGGCAUGUGUGUUUUUUGUUCUGCUCCUCUAAAGAGCAGGGUUUGGUUCACAUUCUUCCUGUAUCAUCUCCUUCCUUUGCCAUCUCUUGUAAUUAUUUGAAACCAUCGGUAAUAUGAACAUCUAUACUCCACUUUCUGAAAAGCCCGCUUUUAUAACCUUUUUCUAGGCAGCCUCUUAGCAUAACCCUUUUUCUGAUCUUCACCAGCAAAGUACUGUUAACACACUGAGGAUGAAUAGUUGCUUAGUUAGGUCUCAACUGUCCUCUUUCACUUCUGCUUUCUCUGUUCUUUGCCUCAUACCUCAGCAGAUUUUUCCCUACUGAAAGAUAACUUCCAACUAACAGUUAACCAUUUAUUAUGGACCAGAACCACCAGGAAAUCAGAAUCUGUUGUUUCCCAGACCCAAUCAAGAUGGAUUUACCUUCUCCUGGCCUUGUCUGUAAAAAUUAGAAGCGCUUGUGUCUCCCUCUAGCUCCCUCCCUCAGAACCUGUUACUCAGCAGCUACAGUCAAACCUUGGUUCCCGAACGCCUCCGAUUAGGAACGUUUCUGCUCCCAAACACUGAAAACCCAGAAGUAAUUGCUCUGGUUUUUGGUCGUUUUUCGGAAGCCGAACGGGCUUCCAGAACAGAUUACAACCGAGGUUUGACUGUACCUUGAAAUAUGCCUGCAACAGAAUAGAAGCACGAGACCUGAGACUUGUGACAUUUACACUGUGGCAUCAACAGUUCUGACAUCACAUAAAUUGUUUUCAAAGCACAAACCAUGAGUGGGCAUAUACAUAGCAUUUCUGCACACCCAUAUAUCUUAAUAAAGUCAACAUUAUAGUUUAAGAUAAGAUUUAUAUGUGUGUAUUCUAGCAGCUUUUCAUCCUACAAGGAAUGAACUGCUCGGGGACUUGGUUUGAGGUAAAAGGAAUUAAGAGCUGGUGGGAAGUAUCUAAAGCAGGGGUGGGAAACCAUUUUUGGACUGAUGGCUACGUUACCCAGUGGAAAGCUGUUGGGUCUGCAUUCCAGAUGGGUGGGGCCAACCCCAAAUUAGCCUGGGCAUGACAGUUCACAGUCACACAUCCUUAAUUUACACACACACACACACACACACACACACACAGGCCCUUAACACAGAUGCUCUGUCUAUUUCUCCACCCUCCAGUCCUGUGCACAGAGAAAGCGACUCCUGUUUCUCAGUGCACAGAGAGGAAAUGCUGCAAGCUGCUCUUGCUGGAUAGCAGCUCCUAGCAGCUUCUCUCUGUACACACUUUUCUCCAUGCAAAAAGACGAAUCCUUUAGAGAGCCCCUGGAGCAUCUCCUCUCUUUGUUGAUGCACAGCUGUUUUCUGAACAGUGGAACAGUGGGAGGGGGAGCUUUUAAACAAGAUAGUGCUCAGUUGUUCAGGAAAGAGCUGAGCAGUGACAAAGAAGGAGUCACUUAGUUGGGCUCCUGUUGCGUUUGCUGAGGGGUGGGACUUCAGGGAGGGGCCUGGGUGAGCUGGAGCUGGCUCAUGGGCUAGAGGGUCUCCAGUGCUUGACUUAAAGGGAUCCACAGCUAGGAUCACAUAAAAUAAAAUAUAUUUGUUAUGGAUGCUCUGGCCAGUGUCACCAUCCAGUGAAGCAAGGAAUACUGGGUCAGCUACAGCAUCUCUGUCCAAGCAAAACCACUUGCAAAGUAAGUUCAGCUUGGCCUCAACUGGAUAUAUAUGCCACUUUACAUCUUGCAUAAACACAAGAGACCUGCUGGGUCCGGUCAAUGGCCAGACUAGGCUUAUUCAAGCAGUGUUUCAUAUUAACAAGUAGUUAUUGCUCCUGCUUAAAGAAGAAUCUUUCCUUCAGUUCUUUCCUCGCUUUUAACUCCUUUAUGAGGAUGAACAGUGGAUAAUUUUUCCUGUGGACCAAUAUAGCUUUUAAAGAAUUUUAUGGUGCCCUGGAUACAAGAUGACAUGGCACCAAAAGUAAUUAUUUUUGGCAGUGUCACCAAAGUUUGUUAUUACCUGGUUCAGAACACACAUUUUUCAGCUCAUACUAUUCAGCUAUAUUACAAAUUGAAUAGCAUUUUUCAACAAAUGUUCACUAGCUUGAAAUGUAAAACAAACUUUUCUGCUUGUGUGCUUGGUGUUCAGCGUACUAAAUGCCCAAAGUCACUGCUUUAUAGGUGCAUGCAUACAAGUUAUUUAAUAUUAAGGUUUUAUUUCUUGUAAUUGUGGCAAACUUUCAAGUUCUCUUCACUAGGCAAGAUGUUGCCCAGAGCAGAUGUAGGAACAUAGGAAGCUGCCUUAUACUGAGCCCAAACCAUUUGUCCAUCUAACUCAGUGUCGUCUACACUGACUGCCAGUGGCUAUCCAGGAUUUCAGGAAGGGGACAUUCCUAAACCAACUUGGUGGCUUACUAUUAGGCCUUUGCAAAGUUCUGAAACCUUUUGGGCAGUUCAUUAAUAUUUAAUGCAGCUCUAAUAUCUCUAUAUUUAUCUCAAAGUGUUCAUAUUUAUUUUAUUGCUGGGCUGUAUUCAUCAAAACAGGGAAAGUUAGGUUGUAUUUAUAAAAUCCUAGGUCAUGUGUAGCAUCUAUUAUGAAAGCUAACACGCCCUAUUGAUAUUGUCAAAUUACGCUUAAUAAUAGUACUGACAAAACAGGACUCUCCUUGUUUUUACCAUUUACAUUCCUGGAAGGUUUCCCAAAAUGCUGGGAGGUACUUCAGGAAUAUAAAUAAAAUCCACAGUCUUUGUUGCCACCAACCAAAUACCUGUCACAAAGAUUACUCUUUGUGCCUUAUGAGUACAUAAAAGUCAGGGUUCUGCACAAUAACUUCAGUUCCCACAAGAUAUUGAUUGUCAACCUCUCUCUUCUGGGCUGCCUCCCACACCUGCUCAGAAUAAAUGAGGAACUCAUUGAGUUGGUUGCAGUGCCUUCCAAUGGCCCUGCAAGCUUUGAGCUUGUAUAGUACACUUCUUAUAUGAAUAAGAUAUUCUUGGAGAGCAAAAAUGCAAAGUAAUGUAUGAAGUGACCCUAAAUUGAUACAGGGCAAAGGAGAUUUGGAGGCGGAGUAGAGAAAAUGUGAAUGAGCAAAAGAAAAAGAGCAUGUGCACACAACUGUAAAACAUAUGUUCAAUUAUUACCUCUAUUGACUUCUCAUAGGUGCAGGUUCACUGUGCCUCCCUUGAAGUAGCCACUCUGGGCCCAAAACCGGAUUUACUUUUUCAACGAAAAUAGUGAACAAUUUUUUGUAGUGGCCCACUGAAUCAUUAUCCUAUGAAGGAAUGCUCUAGUGACCAAGUUUAAAACUGCAGUUUCAAAAAGUAUAUUGGCACAGAUUGAAAAUUAGCCCCAAGAGUAGUAUUUGUUGUUUUCCCAUUGGUAUGAAUAAUGGUUUAGGGAGUACAAGAGGACAGGUCCUGCCUAGAGGGCUUACAUUCAGCUGGCUCAACACAGGAGAGAGAAAUGGAGGCAGGGUUAAAGAAGGAAAUAACAAUCAGUUUCACUUUCUUAUACUUAGAUUUAAAUACAAUAGAGUAUGGUUUCCAGGAGAUUGUGCCAAUAACUUCACGGGAAAGAGCUUUUGAGAAGGGAAUUGAAGGAACUGCAGUGGGACCGCGCAGGUGAUUUGGGAGGCAGUUCACAGCAUAAGAGGCAGGAAGGGCGACAGGAUGAAGUGAUUAGAUGUUACAGGAAGCCUGACUGUCUUGGUCAGGGAUACAUUGGGCAGAGAAGGGGAGAAAAGCGAGGGUGAAGGCAAGGUAGGGCUUUGAAGCUGAAAUGAAGAGGGUGAACAGGAAACCAGUGUAAGAAUUUCAGGAGGAAUUAAUCAGUGAGUUGAGAUGGGUGAAGAAUUUUGGCAGCAUAGUGCAGGAUAACAGUAGCUGUGUGAAUCAGGCAGGAACGUGUUCCUUGUUGGCAGCUCAUUAGCCGGCUUAAAACUGGUAAUGUGGGCUCCAGACAGAAAGAUGAUGCAUCUUUGCAAUACUUUGAGAUUAGUUAAUGCUUCUAUUUAAUACUUGCUGUUUCCUUUAGCUGUCACAAUUUUAAAGAAAGUUACUAUGAGAAUAAAACAAAUGGUAUGAAUGCCCAGUUUACUGAAACAGUCAGUGAUAUUCAUAUAGGUUUUCUUUGAAGCUAGCUUAAUGAGGGAUGUUGCUAGUGCUUUCUUGAAUUUCCGCUUGUUUACUCGUUGGUUUUGUCCUUUUAAAAAUGUGCUCUAGGGUCUUCAUUCUGAGUGCCACAUUUGCACAAACAAACCUUAAUGAGGAUGGUGGUUAGAAUUCAAUAUAAUCAUGUUUGUGAGCAUGACAGCUAGAAUGAAAAAUACGGUCAAGAACUAUUUAGCAUACUGCAGACCUCUUUCCCUCCCCUAUCUCCCUCCCUCCAACACUAUAGAAAUCCAGCUUCAACUGCUACUAAUUGAAUGGGGGCAGCUUUCAUUCUGUACUGUUGUUGCCCACAAACAGCAAUAUAUGAGUGUUAAAUUGUAUACCUUCAACAGAUUUGCUGUUUCCAAGAGCUAGCUCUUAACUCAGAGAUUGCCAGCAUGAUGUCUGCAAGUGCCAGUGUACCCACUCUCAAAAAUCCACAAGACAAGGCUACUUGCUCUUCCUACUCAGUUCCUAUUUGUACUUAGCCUCUGCUAUAUGAAACAUGUCCCCAUAUACAUGCCCACAUUUCAUUGGAUAUCAGGACUGAAGGCAUGCUUCCAACAUUCAGCUUCAUUGGAUGUCCAUGAGUUCUACUGUUGUUUUUUAUUGUUUUUAUGAAAGGUUUUCUGGGGUUACAAAAGUACAUACAUCAUCUCUGUUUUCAGAUCAUAAAGUCCUUUCUAUGGAUCAGUUAUAUUUGAUGUGAGACUUUAAUGCUGUAUACAGUAUAAGGUUGGGGGAGAAGAGAGGUAAAGGGAGAGAAGAGGGAGAGAACUUUCAUUCUUUUACAUAGUAUAUGUGCAAGGUGUCAUCAUCACCGUAGGUAGGAUCUCUAUCUAUUCAUUUGUUAGUUUUCAUUGGUGUUGAGAGAAGUUGGGGGGGAGGCCCAGGGCUUGGUUGGUUGCCUUCAAUUGACUGCAGUGAAUUUUGUUUGCAUGGCGGUGGGGGCUGUUGGGUCAAGUUAGCCAAAUUGAUUCAUAUGCUGAUGGAGGGUUCUUGUUGAGCUCUACUGUUAUGAAAGAGGAAGAAAAGGCUUUUUAUCUAACUACUUUUUCCAUGCCAUGCAUAAGAGAAGAUAGGCAAAGAGCUUUUUUCUAUGAGCAAUGCGCCAGUGUCUGUUGACACAUAUUUGGGGCAGAGGAGAGGCAAGUUAAGUUGUGUAGCUUAAAACCAUUGUGCUAGCAUAACUGUUAUGUUGAAUACUCCCCUAUAUUUUCUGUAAUAUGUUGAAGUUUGUUCUUAAAUUCUCCUGAGAGUAGUUAAUGUUCAUUUGAAUACAGUGGUACCUCAUACCAUACAUACGCUUCAGGUUACAUACGUUUCCGGUUACAGACUCCGCUAACCCAGAAAUAGUGCUUCAGGUUAAGAACUUUGCUUCAGGAUGAGAACAGAAAUCGUGCUCCGGCGGCGCAGCAGCAGCAGGAGGCCCCAUUAGCUAAAGUGGUGCUACAGGUUAAGAACAGUUUCAGGUUAAGUAUGGACCUCUGGAACAAAUUAAGUACUUAACCUGAGGUACCACUGUACGUAAAAUUAGGCAGUUUUUUGUGGUCUUGUGUAGCCACACACAAGAUUUACACUUGUGUUGGAGUAACAACAUAGAAAUGUCUGGAGCUAAAAUGGCACAAGAAGGCAUUCAAGCUGCUCCCCUUUAGGGAGAAGCCCCCAAAAUAGAUGUCUGUAUCGAGAGCUGUGUUAGAAACAGAGAUAUGAAAGCUAGGAGCUAAUGGCACCUUAAACCUAGGUUGUGGGCACCACAAUGGAGUGUCUUGGCACGCUUUCUUUAUAACAAGAAUACUAAGCUGAAAAUCAGUGAAUUGCAGCUAGUAUCUUAUGUUCAUUUUUCACAUGGUUUAGUCCUCAUCUGAAGACUGCAAAAAAAAAACGCAAAGCCAUGCUUCCCCUGCCCGCCCGCCCUAAUAUUCUUGAGGGUCCCUUCUCCAGUCUUAAGAGAGGAGCUGGAAGUGGGGAGGCAGAAAAAGGUCCUUCUUUUCUUCCAGCCGUGGCAGUUUUAAUCUUAAAUCUUAGGCUCAGUACUGCACCCAGAGCUCAGAAACUGCUCGCCUUAAUGAAAUUCCCCGUCACAAAAUGCACUUAGAACAAUGGGAGUUUCAAACCUUGCUCAAGAGGCAGAUGAAUGUCUUCCUGCUCAGUUCUCUUUUGACUGCUGCCAAAGCAGGAACAUCAAAGAAUGUUCUUGGCCAUAGCUAUGAAGAAAGUAAAGUUCUUUUUAAUGGCUUUGUCAUUCAGACAAGAAGCAGGCAAAAUGUGAAGUGUACCACCCUCAGUUUGUGAUUGAUACUCCCCAGUAUUCAAGGAUUAUUUUUAAACAUCAUUGCAACUUCCACAACAUCUCUUAUCUGCUGAGCCCAUUUAAAAUGUGUUUCAGAAUUGAAUUAGAAGCAAGAAGGAGGCACACAUUAUCUUAGUAGGGGAUUUUUAAAUGGAACAUUGCUCACAAAGCUGGGGGGGGGGGGAUUGACUCUCCACUUUCAGUGCUGCUCCUUGCUCCUCACUGGUAAGAACUAUCCAGUAUUCCCUUCCUAUCCUGUCCCUGACUGGUUUUUACAGCUGGUCACUUUAGCUCUUGUGCCUUCAAGCCAAGUCUUAAUAAUGUCUGUCCCUGUUUCUUUAAAACUAAAGUGCCCAGCUUCCACAAUUCAUCAAAUUCUAUUGCUGUUUUGCUAAGCAGCUCAGGCAGAAAAUUAUGUGCAUUCUUAGAUACUCGCUUUAAAGGGCAAUAAUAUGUUGACCUCCAAAUGUAAAUAGCAAACUGCUUCCAUGGAAAUUAUUGAAAUGCCUUUUGAGAAAUGUGUAUAAGUAUGGCAGAUAAUUUUAGAGAAAUGCAAAGCUGAAUAGUUUAAUGAUACUUUGUUAUCAUUGUCUUGUAUCCAGCUGCAAUGCUUUUUGCCCAUGAAAGCUGCUCUGCUAAUAUAUUAGAGCUCAGCCCUGGUGAAUCAGAGAGUGGAUAGUAAUGCAGUAAUGUGGUUAGGAGGAUUAAAGCAUGAGUACGCUUUUCUCUAGUUUAUAGAUUCUUGUGUAUCAACAGCUCAGAUUACUAUAUGCAUCCCUUUUCAUAUACUCAUGCAAAGAAUUGUAAGAAAUGAAAUUAACUGGUUCAAGAAACUGGAAUAUGCAGAUUUGUAUAAUUUCCUCACUUGGCUGCCAUUAUUUUGCCUGUGGUGAAACUGUCCACUCUCUUCCUUGUUCCUCACACAGUGAGUGGAAGGCAUGACGCAAACCCUGACCUUGUGGAUGCUGAGACAGGUGUUAGGUUCCUGGCAGGGCCAGAGGAUUUGACAUAUCUGAACACAGAGAGGAGGAGGAGGGUACAUAGGAAGAGCAGCAGGUCUACCCAUGGAGACCUUCUCAUUGCAGCUAUGGUAAUAUCUGCGGUUGUCCUUCACCAUCAAUGCUCUGGUGGCAGAGGAGGCAAAAUAGAGAUGGCAAAAACAAUCUGCUGUGUGCCAAGUCCUCCUGUUCCUUCAAACCCCACCCCAAACCCGCCAAGAGCUGCCAGCUGGUGUACUGAUUUCCUUUCCAUUGUGGCCAAUGGGAAGGAAAGUCUUUUUUUUUUAAGCCAACAAAAGACACACCCAAAAAGGAAAAAUACUCCCUUCUGCCCUGCCAACAGAAGUCCAGCCAAGGCAUUGGGUUUGACAGUUCUUCUGCCUUCAGUCCUCUCUUCCCCCGCCCACUCUGGAUUUCUGUGGACUUUGCCUGUGGGCCAUAGGCAACCACAGCACAAUUCACUAGGGUGUGCAUUCAGUUAUUAUUAUUUGAUAAUUUCAGUGAAGAAAGAAGAGGAGGGAACGAUAAGGCAAGGAGGAGAUACAGAAAUAAAAAUCUAACAAAACAAGUGCAACACAAGUAGCCAAAAAAACAAAAACAGAUUAUUCCAGUGGAGAAAAAGACCUGUGCUAAGCUGGACAGGUUUUGGGCAGAUCUGGAUGUCUGGGGGCAUUCUCUUUGUUUGUGUAUCACAAAAGUAGCUCCUCACCCCCACAGAUAUUAUCUCCACAAAAGGUGGUCAGGAAAGCUUGGAUGCAGGCAGGGUCAUGGGGCAGAGAUGCAUGUAUACAAAAGAAAAAGUCUGGAAUGGAUCUGCAGCUUCUGCCUGCAGAGGAAGGAGUUCUUCUUCCCUUACUGCCACCACUUGUGCCAGUCACCCCACUGCUGUUUCCAGAAACAGUUGCAGGCAGAAAUUGCAGAUCCAUUGCAGAUCCUUUCCAGCCUUUUUAUUCUACAGUGGUACCUCGGGUUAAGAACUUACUUCAUUCUGGAGGUCCGUUCUUAACCUGAAACUGUUCUUAACCAGAAGCACCACUUUAGCUAAUGGGGCCUCCCGCUGCUGCGCGAUUUCUGUUCUCAUCCUGAAGCAAAGUUCUUAACCCAAGGUACUAUUUCUGGGUUAGCGGAGUCUGUAACCUGAAGCGUAUGUAACCUGAAGCAUCUGUAACCCGAGGUACCACUGUACUUAUAUCUCUCUCUCUCUCUCUCUCUGCUUCCUUUGUUCCCCAUUUUAAAAAAACAUUAGGGUAUGCCUGGGCACACCUAGCACACCUCCUGCACUUGCCUGUGCUGUAGACUUUCAUAGAAUAGGAAAUGUUGGCUUGUUAGACGUUAAUUAGAAUUAGAAAUGUGAACAUUUCAAGGUUUUAAUGCAUAUGGGAAGCCAUCUAGAUAUUUAUCUGCUUGUUUUUAAUCUGUCUUUACAUGCUUUUACUAUUGCACAUAGCUAUUUGCCUUUUUAGCUCUCCUCUGAACAUUCUUUUAAUGGCAUAAACUCUUACAUGACUCAAUAAGAAAACAUAAAUAUCCCAAACUACCAUUUUCUAUUAAGAGCCUAAGAUAAAAUUGUAGCAUUAGCCCAAAUUUUUCUUGCAUCUUUUAUGCAGAAAAACAUAGGUAAGAAAGUGAAAUGUGUUUUAAUUCCUUUAUAUUUAUCACUCAUAAUUUGUUGGGUUGGUAAGUUACAUCUACUCUGUAUUUCAUUUUUGAGCUUUUUUUUAAAAAAAAAAUCAAUAUUCACAAGGAGGAAAAAGUACUCACUGUGGUAUAGCUUCUCAGUAAUAAUACUUAAACCUCUGGAGCUGGGGGAAGGAGGUGGUCAUUAAACACUGUUCAGAAGUUUAAGCAUAAACAGUACGAGAAUCAAAGAACAUCUCAAGGAGUGUAAUGUGGAUUUUAUUUAAAACUUUGUCACUUAACCCUGUUUCUUUUUCAUCUCUUCUGAAGGUGCUCUUACCGAGUGCUAUGACGAACUGGGAAACCGGUACCAGCUUCCUGUCUACUGCCUGGCCCCGCCCAUCAACAUGAUAGAAGAGAAGGGUGAUUUAGAGACUCUGGAUAUUCCCGAUCCACCACCUAACUCGGGUCAUGAAUGUCAGCUUCGUUUACGCCUCUCAACAGGCAAAGACCUCAAACUUGUGGUCCGCAGUAUGGAUACUGUCUAUCACAUGAAGAGAAGACUGCACACAGCAGAGGGUGUGGAGCCCAGCAGCCAGCGGUGGUUUUUUUCAGGCAGGCCCCUGGCAGACAAAAUGAAACUGGAGGAGUUGAAAAUACCAAGGGACUAUGUGGUGCAAGUCAUUGUGAGCCAGCCCUUAACAAACCCCACCCCGGUGGAGAACUGACUUUGCCUGUAUGUUUCUCUUUUCCUUUUCUGCUCUUCUUACCACGUGGGAACUUUUUCACUAUUUUUGUUCUCUCCGACUGGUGGGUUGGUUCUAAACAAUGACCAGCAAAAAUUCCAUCUGUGAUGGAGCUUUAGGGGGGAAACACACACACAUGCAAGCACACACACGUUCCUAAACUGCCCCUGGAGACUUUGCCCAACUUAGGAAUUCUUGACACCACAGUAAGACGUUCUUAACAAAGUAAAUCUGGAACAUGUGUGUGAAAGAGAUCCUGAAGUUUACAGAGGAUGAUGCUGAAAAAGUGGUUUGAACUAUAAGUGAAGUACUGAUCCAUAAAAGGGAAAGGCACUUUUAAAAGGAUUAAACCAAUCUGAAGUAUUUUGUGAAAUCAGCAUCACUUACAGUUCAGCCAAUCAGUGUAGCUGCUCUGGUAAAUCCAGUAUGCUGUGAUAAUUGUAGGGAUUGUGUCUAUUCUAGUUUCACAUUAGCUCAACAAGGCUAAUAUUUAAAUGGGAUGGUGAAGGAUUCUGGGACAGACUAUCAGGUGCAAUCUGAUUAGUAUGGAUGGUCCCAAAUUAAAGUUUUUUGGUAUAUACUGAAAUAGCAAGCAAUAGUGAUUUGCCAUUGCUGGCUUCAGUAUGUGCUAAAUAUUGCUCUCUGAAAAAUUAGGCUAUUGUUUAGCAAAUAUAUAAUGUUACAUGGAAUUGCAGUUACCGUAUACUUCUGUAUCUAGUUAAAAAGCUUAUUAUUUGAGGUUCACCAGCCUGAGAAACAAAAACAAAAGAAGGCACAGGACUUAUUUCACUUAGUAUGUUAGCCGAUAAUGUUUAGGCCCAAUAUAGUGAUUUUAAACCCCCUUUAUUCACAGCAAUAGCUAUUAACAUACUACAGAAGAAAAGCACAGGAAAUCCUGUCAUACACUUCUGUAAGGUAAGGGUGUGCAACUUGCUUGACAGUAUCAUAUAUCUCCCCACUGAUCUUUAUGUUGCUUGGCAUAACUGGGACUCAGAUGCAUCAUCUUAUUCUGCUAAGUGAUUACACACACACUUGACCCUUGGGGGAAGAGAUGGGAAUAAUGAUUGAAAAUUAGGAAGAUAUUGUAGAUUGUUAAAUCAUCUGAUCUUUCCUUUACACCAUUAGAUCUUUCAAUAUUGGGUGGGGGGGAGUUGUAUAUUGCAAGAAUAUUUGUAUUACUAUUCCACAAAUCCUUAUGUCAGGGGUGGCUUACCAGUGGGCCUCCAGAAAUUGUAGGAUCCCAGUCCCAAUCAGCCCCAGUCAACAUGGCCAACGAUCAGGCAUGAUGGGGUUUGGAAUCCAGCAGCUUCUGGAGGGCCACAGCUUAGUUGCUCCUGACCUAAAUACUUUUGCAUCUUGCUGGUGAUGGGUAGCUUACAGAAAGAAGUGGAUUGAGUUGGUUUGUGAAAAGCAGUGUGCAUAUUUCAAGCAUUCUUUAUCUUCCCUGCCAUGGCUUCAGUUAUACUUAUUCACACUCAUGCAUAUGACAGUGUAUAUGCAGUGCAUGUAUGUCAGAUUGAUGGGCCACUUUUUCUACUUGGCAGAUUUAUCUGAAACAUCACAGUAACCUUAGCAAUAUCACACAGCAUUUUCCCUUCGGAAUGUGAAAGCAAGCCAUUCUUUAGAGUAGGACGUAUAUCCUUUUAAGAGGGCUUUGGGCAAGAUUGUUAGCAGUCCAGUUAAAUUCUGUUGAGUAAUACUGAACAAAUCAGUCCUAGCAAUGUGCAUCUUUUGAAAAGAAGUAUACAUAACUCUUUUGUUUAGAUUCUCUGUGCUUUUUGUUGUCCCUGACCUGGUUCACCCAUGACACGAAGCCAAACCAUGGGCUUGUCGGAAAAAGAGCAAACAUGGGUUCCCAGAGAAAAGAUUGUGGCUGCUUUUCUCCUUCUCCCCUUGGUUACAGCUUGCGGUUUGUCUGGAGCAAGAAAAACCAUGAACUUGGGUUCAGACAGAAUGCUCAGCCAAGCCAUAGCUUAGCUCACAGCAGUGCAGCAGCAGGACUGGAAGGGGAGCAAAGUGACAGUGAUUUUCUCUGGGGAAGCCUGCUUGUUUGCACUAAGCUAUGGUGCAGCUUAAUAUUACAUGUAUACUUGAUCAUUAGUUCUGUUCUUUUGGUGUGGUCAUGUUCCUGUUAGCACCACUAUUAUUAAUCAUUUUUCAAACAGAACUCAUUAAUAUUCUUCUUGCUAAGCACUGAAUCUACAGUUAUUUUUAUCUGUGAAAAGGCAUGUUUUUGGUCCACUGAUGGAACAAUCUAGGGUGGACCUCUUCCUCUCUGCAGAGCUACAAUACUUAAGUGUCCUAUAACUAACCUAGCCUUACUCGGGUUAUCUUGCUGUGAUAACUAGAAACUAGAACAAUGAAACAUAAAAAUUUAAAAUUAUAUCGCAUUUUCAGUGUAGGGUAGGUUGCAAAGUUUCUCAAAGGAGGUUUCUCUUUUUGGAAAUCAGUUCAGACUUGGAACCACUUGCCAUAUGAAUGUAUCAUUGUGUGUCACAACCACAGCAUUCUUCUGGGCACAGUCGAAUGCAUCAGGGUCUUUCAAUGUAGUUUUGGCCAGAUGGCAGCAGCAUACAGCAAAAGGGUAUCUGUCUUCUAGGAUUUGUUAAGUUCCCCCACUUUCUCAGAUACCAUGUUCACUUGUGCUAAUAUUAGGAGCAAACACUUAUAUUUUAGAAGUUCAGAAGGAUGCAGAUCCUUCAUUUGUCACAAAGGGUGCAUGCUAAACAAUUGACUAAAAAGCUAAAAUAUUUAAGGCAAAAUCUAAUGUCAUUGUGACUCUUUUUGAAGUCAUUCCACAUGUACUGAAGUGAAAAGGAAUGCUAGACUGCUGCCUAAAAACUCUAAAUGCUGAUUUUUGGAGAGGCAUCCUAGGUGUUGAUCCAUUUAGUUGGUACCAAUUAGUUUCUUUGUAAUUUCCAAGUAAUAAACUUAUUUGGUGCACACCACAGCCAUUACAUAUCAGAAGAAGUAUACCUUGCAAAAUAAAAAUAUGUGUCUAGUGGUCUCAUUUUUCCCAAGUUAAACGGACAAAAAUAAUUUAUAGAUAUUAAAAUUGAAUUGAGCUAAAAAUAGGCUGAUAACUUCUGUGGGAAUGUGUUCAGGAUUACUUGAAAUGUUUUCAAGCCACGUUGCUUGAUGGCUGGGCCAGCUCCAGGUUUGUGAUGUGAGGCUCACUCAGCCAGAUGCCUUCCAGUGGGCCACUUCUCAUACUUCUGAUGCCUGGAGGAAGGCAGUAGUAGCUGCUUCUUGCUGCCAUUGACGGAGCGAAUGAGCAAGCAACAGUCACUGCUGUUCUCAGCCACUAUGCCACUUGCUUAUCUGUGUGGCAGGUGGAGGUUUGCCAGUCAUCUUUGACAAAGGGGGUGGGUAUCAGUUAUGGUUUCUGCUGUUCUUCAGUGGCCAGUGUUGUGGGUCAGGUGAUAAUGAUGGGCCCAUGACAGCUGCUUAAGGAUGCUGACCCAUGGCACUGGCCAUGCUUGAUGAAGAUAGGUUUCCAACAUGCAUUCAGGUAUUCAGCAUGUAUUUGGCAAAGAAUAUGAGUCCCCGACUGUAGAAUGCUCUGUGGUAGUCAGACUUUUCUUAGGGAACAAGUUACAAGAGGGUGUUGGAGUAGCUCCACUUACCUCUGCCACAAGUUGGCUUCCAUGAAUGCAGCUCUGCAGUUCUUUAAAAAUGCAGUCACCUUCUCCGACAAAUAUGUUCACAUCGGUGUGUGUGUGCAUGUGUGUGAAGAAAUAAAAACGUGUGCUUGACACUUUUUAAGCUGAUGACAUUUCCAGAUGAUGCUGCACUGAAAAAUGGGAGCUGCACUCCCACUUCAGCAGUUAGAAUGGAACAGCUUGAAAGGAAAAGGUCAUUAUCCCUACAGUUGGAAUGGUAGUGAAAUUCCUCCAAACUGUGAUGAAGGACCAUAUUGGAACUUGUGCACGCACAUAAGUGCACAAUAAAUCAAUAUACCUCCCUUUUGUACUGAUGGCAGGCACCCAAGGAUUGCUUGUCUUUCAUAAGCAUAGUGGUGACUUAACCACCUCUCAAGCUCUAAACAAAAGCAACUCCUCAGGUAUCGUGAAUAGUUUUUACUUUGAGUGGAAAUUGCAUGCAUCUGUUAACCAAGUAGGAGUCUUAGUUUCUUCCUUACUUUUACUCUUUCCUGCUCCAGAAAGAACUGGGUUUUUUAGGGUAAACUUGAUUAUAAGUCAGGAAUAUCCCUUUCACCUAAUGUUGUUCACCUUCACCCAGCAGUUAGAAUAAGCGAGGCAACUGGAUUUUCAUUGUUUUUAAUCUCCAAGGCCGAGCAAUUUCAUUUAUUACUUUUAACAGAAGACUAGUUCAAGUAAGCACUGUUGCAUGCAUUUAACAUUUUAUCAGCAUGCAGAUUGGAUUCUCACCUGUGCCAGCUCAUUUCCAUCCUUGGAGUCAAAGCUUUGCCUCUUCUGCAGACAUACAUGCACACACUCACAUACAUACAUUCUAAAGACAGAACACUUAGCAUAGAGCUACCAAGGGCAAACAAGCAAACAGUUACAAUAUUGUUUCUUUACAGUUUAACACAUUUAUACGCCAUUUCUGAUUUACCUUCUCCCCUUUGCUAGUGAAUUAUAUCUACAGACAUAUGGUGGUGGCAGGUUUGUUUAGCACAGAGCUUUGGUUUUCAUGCUUGUUAUUGCAGACGUGUCACUAGUACAUGACCCAGAAGUAAUGGACUCUCUGUAAUCUGUCUUGGAUGAGCUUGAAAGGCAAAAGGACAGUAGCGCUGUUGAUACUGCAUUAUGUAAAAAAGCGGGUUGCGGGGAGAAUGAAUGCAUAGGAGACACAUACUGCUUACUGUGCUCCAUCCUAUUCUGAAAACAAAACAUGUGACUAGAGCUUUGGCUUAGUACAUUAGUUGCAUUGGCAUUACACAAAAUUCUACCAUGAGACAACGAGAUUAAGAAAAUGAUCACAUUAAAAGCCAUGAUUGUAAUUCCCUUGAUCUCUAAACUUUAGAGAGACUAAGGAGGUAUUUGGGAAACGGUGUAGUGUGAAAUUGCAGUGUAAUAAACUGGGUUUUGAGAGGAUUUUGAUGGACAAAGAUAAUACCUCUUUUUUCAAUACUGUAGUUUCAUUAUUCAUUUUACAAAAAUAAUCAGGAUUCAGAUUGAUGUGAUGAGAGCAAUAUAUUCAGCUGUGGCACAAUGCGUUUUGAUAAAACAAGAUUUUAAGUGUCGCUCGCAAGAUGGGUAAAUGGGCCUUCAUGUUUAGUGCAUUGCUCCUUAGGGAGAAAAUAUAACAAAACCAUAUCUGGUAGGUUAAUGCAACUUUGUGCUGUUUUUGAAAAUCAUUUUAGGAUUGCAGUCAUUGACAUAUCUCUUAAUUUGUCUCAGAGUGUUAGUUAUGCAUAUCGGAUGUCUAAAACUAUAUGGUUUUCAAACAGCAGUUCCUUUGGUCUUUACAUGAUUGUCCCUGGCUAGGUUGUUUUUGCUUAAGAUUAUAUGGAGCUUUUUGGGGGUGCAUUUCUUCAGCUGUCUGCAAUAAUAUUCCAUUUUCAGUUUACUUCUCUGACAACCCUUUUCCUGAGUGUUGUUUUUUUAAAAACAACAACAACACCACACACACAAUUUGUACCCAACAGUAUGUAAAUGGUGUAAAGAAAUACAAUAUAUGGGAGUUGUAGAACUGAAUUUAGAGGCAAACCUGCCUUUUCAACAUCUUGUAUUCUAAAGCAGGAAAAUAUGAAAAUGCAACACUUGUGACGUUACUGAUUCUUUUGCCUAAUAGCCAUGUAUCCAAGACUAGUGUAGCUGGUUUAAAAAUAUCUCUGUGUCCAAGAAGUAUUCUUAAUUUAAUUCAGCGGUUUAUUUUUAUUUCCUUCCUGUCUCUUUGCUUUUCUUUCUAUGUAGACUCUGGUCCCAUUUAUAGGAAGCCUUAAAUCCAGGGCUGUGACUCCCCUUUUGAAAGAGGAGUGCACUGUGAUGCAUGCCAGCAAGCUUAUUUAAGAACUAAGAGUAUGAAGGUGGCUUAAUGGUUUGGUUUUUGUUUGUUUAAAUACGGUUGGUUUCCUAAGGAGGUUGGAACCCCAUUGCUCUGAAUGGCAAUCAGUGAUGAAAUAGACUCAUGUCCUUCGGCUGAGGACACUGUGUAUUAGAUACUCUUCAAUAUUGUGCUAAUUAUCUCUGGAUCAUAACCAUGUUGUCAAUUAAAAAAAAAUGCAAGCAUGGUCGUUUUCAUUAUGGAUAUUUAAAAUUCACCUGACACUUUUAAUUCCCCUUUUUCUGGCAAUUGAAUCUAGCCAAAGAUGGGAAAGGAUUUUUUGAUUAUUAUUUUUUUAACAAUUUGCUGGGUCUUAAACUCAAAAACAGUGAAAUGGUCUUCUGUAAAGGGUCUUACCAGUGCCUCUCCUCUCCAUAUCCUGGGAACGUCUAGAAACUGGAGAUCGCCUUUUGAGCAAUGCCUGAAAUUGUGUACUAGGCAGCUGGAGGUGUGUAAAGACAUUCUUCUCUAAUGUGCUAUGAGCAAAUUACUUGGAUUUAAAUGUCCUAUUUGCCUCUUGGUAGUGGCUUCCAAAGAUGGCUGGUACCAUCAAUUUGUAUUUCUUGAAUAAAAAUCUUCUCUUUUCUGGUAAAUCUUUUUUUGUACAGUGUUUGUUCUGUGCCAUGUAUCAAAAGAAGCAUUUGUGUUACAUAGGUGGUUGGCAAUUGGGUACCAAUACAGAGAAACACAGUUUUCAGUAGCUAAAAAGGGAAGUCUGAUUAGGGGAAUUCCUAUGAUGUGGCACUUCCCCACCCCUCCUCCGUGCAACUUUUAUAAAACUAAAUCUUUUAGCUUUGUACAUGCAGGAUGUGCGAAACUUUUCUUACAGUCUCCUUCAGCCCAAAGGUGAAAUGUCUGGAAAUGCAGUUAACAUUUGGGUUAGCCUUUCCAAGGUGCACUAUAUAUUUAUACUGUACCUAUGUUGUGCUGACAUUGCAGUAGUAUGUGCACACCUUUAAAAUUCUAUAGCAAAGCACAAAUAGGUUCUUUUUUGACCAAUUAAAUGAAGUAAAUCAGUGUAGCAUCAUGAUUUCCUAAAAGUCAGGAAUAUGCUGUAUAGUACUCUAUGUAUUAAACAGAAAGGAAAAACAACAAGAAAACCUGGUUAUUAUUAUUAUUAUUAUUAUUAUUAUUAUUAUUAUUAUUUGGCUUUUAAAAAUAAAAUUGGUACUGUAGAUGCCUUGCCUUAAAAUACAAACUCUGUGUCCUUUUUCUCUUAACUUAACAUAGCUGCAAAAUGCCUCUUGUGUCUCUUCUGUCUUAUUGGAGUCCUUAGGUCAGUGAACGGCCUGUAUCAUUACAGAAAUGCUUUGGUAUACCCAGCUAGCAAAAUAUAAGGCUUUCUACAGAGAUCUUAGUAAUGGCAGUCACUGGCAAUCCAAUCACAGGCCAGCAAUUAACCCUUUAUAUUAUUCUGGGUUUAGUUUUUAAUUUCUAAAACAGCUAGCCAUGCAUGUGAGCAUAAACUAAAUAUGGCUUAGCAUAAAUUUGAUCCAAACCAGUCAAUCUGAUUUGAAUCAUCCUCAUUAGGAAGUUCAAAUGAGCUGCUGAAUAUAUUAAAAUUAUGGCCAUGGUAAUACCUAGAUAAUUGCCUUAAAUUCCUUAGGGAGGUGGGGAGAGAGAGCAAGCAAACAGACACUAACUGCCUUUGAGAAAAACCCGGAGGUUAAAUCUUGACAACUAGAGAUGGUGAUUAUUUUGCUGAUAUCUCUUCAUCUCUGGGAAGAGUAGAAUUUAAGCAGGUAUAGCAUGACAACUGAGAGUACAGGAUUGGAAGAUCCUAGUUUACACCUUGCUGCAGCCAUUCAUUCACGAAGUAGCCUUUGGCAGGACACCUUACAUUGCAGUGACCCCUUCAGAAUUUGGCGCUUCUCUAUUUCCUUUUAAUUUUUGCCGCACAGGUUAUGCUUUCUUUCAAACUGCGAGUUAUCUGAAUGUGGGAGGGGAGGGGUUUCCACUUUGCUAACCUUAAUACAAAGUAGUUGUUAUUUCCAUUGAUCUAAAUGAACAUCUUGUAGGGUAAAACAUUUCCUUGUCCCUCCCUGCAUUCUCGUGGUCUGGGGGAUGUCCUCUGAAAUGAUGUUCUUGUGGUGCCCAGAUAUCUGAUUGUUUUGAUCACCAUUCUACCUAAAAGACCUCAAAUUUGCCCAAUCCUUGAGAUCAUCAUCUGAAGCUCUUUCUGUCAUUCUACGUUCAAGGAAGGUCUAAAGGAUAGCAACGCGAAAAAAGGCCUUUUGUAGUAGCCACCCAUUUUACCCAGGGAAGCCUGCCUGCAAUUGCUUCAGCACCAGGCAAUGACAUUUUUGUUUUCCCAGGUAUUUGGCAAGCACUGAGGGUCUGAACUGGCCGUGCCUGAACAAGACCUUGAGGUCGUAGUGGAAAGCUCAAUGGAAAUGUGGACUUAGUGUGUGACUGCUGUGAAAAAGGAAAAUCCCAUGCUGGGGAUCAUUAGGAAAGGAAUUGAAAAUAAAACUGCUGAUAAUUAUGAUGCUGUUAUACAAUCCAUGAUCCAACCUUUGUUCUGCAUCGAGUGCUCUUCCUUGGGUCCCACUGCUGUCUGAGAAGGGUCUCAGCAAAAGCCUUCUUGGUUAUAUUCUGCUGCUGUUUUUAAACUCUCUGAAGAGCUCUUGGGUUUACAACUUUGUCUGUAGGUGACACUUUAAACUCUUGCAUCAUAUCAAUUUAUUACAAUAAUGGACGAUAUUCAGCUAAAUGUUUGUGCUAGUGCAAUGGGACUUGCCCACUCCCUGUGCAUAUCCUGUACCUUCUUCAAAUUUAUUCUAGAGGGUUGCGAAACUCCACAGAACAGUUUGGAAGGAGAGGAGAGGAGAGAAAUGUUCUAUUGUGCCCAGAUAAAUCCCUGCGCUGAUAGAACAUUCCUCCUAGUGCUGCAUUGAAAAAAGCA